UGCAAUAUUACAUCAAUAACAUCUCCAACUGCGUCAGCGCUUCUGGUGAAAUGGAACAAAUACAUUGGAGCAACAAAUUAUUUUUUGGACUUUCGGGUAAUAAAUGCGACAGAUAUAGCACCUGUCGUGGUAACGCUACCAGCUACCAGUACGGAGAAAGUGGUCCAGGGCCUGAGACCUGGAACCUUGUAUAGUGUUACGGUCAAAGUGUUCCAGUUCUACUAUGUUAUGUGCUUGGAUACACAAGUGGCCAAAACAGGUAAGUAUCAUUCUCCACCGGAAAGCAAAGUUGUGAUAAACAUGAAUUUUAACCAGUAAACUCAAAUAUCUAGUCUUAAAAAUGGGUGCUAUUUAUCAAACCUAGUCUUAUUUUCCAAAUAAAUUUUUUGCAGAUUUACGCAUGGACUUUUACACAUGGACUGGUCUACUGAACAAUAUUCUAUAAAUGCUAAUAAUAGCUUACAUUGCCCCCUCUCGUUACUAUUUUAGUUCCCGACACGUCUCAGAUAACCUCCUCGAGGGCAUUAUCAAGUACUUCAAUCCAAAUAGAAUGGGCGCGCGUGUACCCCGCCGACCGUUAUCACCUGUUGAUGGAAUCAAAGUCCAGCGGAGAGAGACACAAUCUGACCUUCACCAACGUGAGCGCUGUGGUCCAAAACCUGCAGCCAUCAACCGUCUACGACUGUUACAUCUACACCGCAAACCAAGCUGGUCUUGGAGCGAGAAGCAGAGUGAGGACCAUUUCUACCUGUGAGUGACCUAUUUCACCUCGAUUAACAUUAGGCUACAUUCAGGUUGUGGGUAAACUGGUAGUAAAUGCGAGUUUUAAAGAAUUUUAAAAGGCAGGGUAUUCUAGCUUAAAUGUUUAACUUUUGACUUUUAGCUUUAUACUUCAGGCAUUCAGCCUUCAACUAGCCUACACUCUAAAAAGAAAAGGUUCCUGGAGUAUCCUUUAGGGGUUCUUCAAAUGAAACAGUGGGGGAACCCCUUUAAGUUCUUCCAAGUUCUUCAAAUAACCUCUUUUAAUGGAUCCUCGAAGAACCUUUUGGGGUUAAUUUUUUAACUACCCCCAUUCCCCUAUUAUUAAUAAUAAUACACAUAACAAUAACAACAAUAACACAAUAUUUUAGUUCUCAGUGUUUAUUAUGAUUUUAGUGGCAAAGCGGAAUAAAAAAUCAAAAUAUGAGGUAAACUCCCAGCAGAGCCCCAAGUCCAAUGGGUAUAUCCUCUCGCGUGUUGAUAUUCUCUGUAUCCAUAGCCAGAAUGAUUUUGCAGUGCAUGAUGAUUGAACAGGUUUCCUGUUAUAUUCAUCAGAGGUGUAGGGAGGGUGAAGUCUGAAUUCAAGAAAUAGUAAUUAUACAGAUGAUUAAUAAAACAUGCACACAACAGAAUUCAUAUCUUGUUUUUUGAGGUAAAUGUGAAUGAAAAAAAAAACUGUUUUGAUAAUGGUUUUCAUACACAUACCUUGUCCAUAAUGUAGAGGCCUAUGGGACAUUAAUUGAAGAGGUAAGGAAGGAGGAUAGUAAAUGUGAUCUACAUAACAUACCAUGUAGUCCCAUGUACCUCAGUUGGUAGAGCAUGGUGUUUGCAACGCCAGGGUUGUGGGUUCGAUUCCCACGGGGGACCAGUAUGAAAAUGUAAGCACUCACUAACUGUAAGUCUCUCUGGAUAAGAGCGUCUGCUAAAUGACAAAAAAUGUAAAAUACCAAUACCUUUGUAUGCCUCCUCGUCUGUAUACCUGCAGACACAGACACAUAAGGGAGCAGUUCAGUCAUCUGCACCCAAUACAGCUAGCCUGCAACAUAUUCUUAUAGCCUACACAUUCUUACCUCUUUGUUGAUUAAUAUCCAUUGAAUCAUGUCCAUUUUCUGUUUUAGAAAGAUUUGCACAAAUAUGAAAAGAUAGAUGGUAUCAUCAUAAAACAAUAUCAAUUUAGAUCAUACAAGGGACAAACCUUACCUUAAAUUGAGGAGAUCUUUACAUUUUUCAGUUAAGUGCCUGCACCUGCUGUCCUUUAAAAUCAAAAUGUUUCAGUUGGGCAGUUAGGUUGCUGCAAUAACCCCCACCAACUAAGGAGGUUCCUUGAUAAACCCCACCUCCUAUGGGGUUCUUGGAAGAACCUUUUGGGGGCCAUUUUCAGCGCCAAGAACCCUAAGGUUCUUCAACUAACUUUGAGGAUCUUAGAAGAACCCUUGUUGAACCUCUAAUUUGUAGAGUGUACAACAGGUGAGCUCUAGUCAGUGGUCCGUUAUAGGCCUACAUGACCGUUCAUUUGUCCCUCCCUAGUGAUCCAACCGCCAAAGGGAGUUACAGCCAAGCAGACUGGAAAGAGUACGGCGCGCCUGUUCUGGGAACCAGUGGAAAAGGUUAUUCUUUACCAGGUGACCGUUACCUACCUGGAUGAACCGGACCACCCGCUGUUCAAGACAAAAGUGUCACAAAACCAACUGGACAUACAGGAUAUCCUGCCAUGUUCCUCUUAUCAGAUAUCAGUGGCUUCUGUCAACACCUUACUGGAGCCAGGAGAGCCCGCUGAAUACACAUACACUACAAACAGUGAGUAAGCUUUUAUAAUUAAUUACUGUAUGAUAAACUAGGUAUUUUCAGACCUACUGUAUAUAUAUAUUUUUUAAUGUAAUAGCAAACAUUUCCUCAAAGUUUUCUCCUUUGCACUGAACUGAUAGCUAAUAAAUCAACAUGUAAUUUUCAAGUAGGCAAGCACUGAAUGAACCUCACAUUCACAUGAACCAAAUCCAGUACUUAUGCAAGUAUUAUGUCAUUUUCAGCAUUAAGUGCUGUGAUGUCCAUAUCAGUGGACUACAGCUGUACCAAUGGCUCAGCCAUGGUGUCCUGGGCCCAAGUGUCCGGAGCAGACUCGUACAGAGCAGCAGCUACCGGCAGCGGCAGGACUGUCCUGUCCUGCACCUCUCAGGGCACAGAGUGCCAGAUCACAGGGGUGGGCUGCGGAGAGGACUACCUGGUGCAGGUCACCGCUGUGUCCAAGAGCUGUCAGAGCAAAGUAAACACCACCUCACACUUUGUCACAGGUAAGAACACUGAGACCAAGGAGGUAUACUUUUGGACAGGUGAGACAGUGAGACACUUUUGACAUAUGUAGGACACCUGGAGACAGGUGAGACACAGUGACACAGGUGGGACACUGACUGAGAAAAGGGACACACCUGAAGAGAGGUGAGGCACUUUACACAGGUAAGAUAGACAGGUAAAAAUGUAAAAACAAGCUAAUUCUUGGAACCACAAUAAGACAGAGGACAGAGUGGAGGGCAAAGAUUCUAGAAGGCUGAACGAAUGGCACUCUUACACUUCUGACCCUUUAAUCCCUCCAAUCUGAUGUACAGCCAUGCUCCCCCCUACUGUAGGCUACAGCUUAACCGACAUCCUAUCUCUCACACACCCUCCUGAGGCUGCAUUGUGUACCAGGGCUUAGCUGCUGGAGAUCAAGGGCAACAAACAAGUGCUGUUGUUCACAGGAUGUACAAUACACCCACUGUACAAGUGAUGUGUCCAACAAAGUGCUUCACCUAAAUACACUUCUUACAUCAGAUUUGACACAUAUUACAGUUCACAUAAGAUGACAAUAUAAUGCAAAGCUGUAAACAGCCUUUCUUUUGCUGUUUUGGUUUAGGAUAAUAUCGGAGGUCAUAUAGCUGGUCAUUAGGGAAUAGUUGUUUACCUUCCUGCUUUUCCAUGGUCCUCUGUCUGUUUGUUUCUUAUUCACAUAGACACAGACCACACCCACACAUUACUGCAUAGGCAUCAUCCUUGAGAACUAGGUCCUCUAUUGAGCUGCAAAGUCACGUUAUAUUGUAUUCUGUAGCCUAUUUAGAGAAAACAGUCCCUUUGUAGAACUCUAUACCCCAAUGGUGUGCUGUAAUCGUAAACAUCAGGGUUUUGAUGUAUGACCCCAUUUUCUCUCUGUUCUCCCUUUCUUCACUCUCACUCUCACUCUUUCUCUCGCGCUCUCAUAUUUCUCUCUUUCCCUCCCUCCCUCCUCCCUCUCUCUCCCUCUCAGUCACCUGUCCUCCCAAGAAUCUCAAACUGUACCGUGAGUGUUCCAGCAACGUGAUCAUCUUCUCCUGGGAUGCCACCAACAACACGGCCCACUACAGGGCCACGGCCGUGGACUCAGAGGGAAAACACAUGUACUGUAUGACCUCAGACACUUCAUGUUUCUUCACCAACACUAUGUGUGGCCGUCGCUACACCUUCACUGUCUACUCUGUCAGUAGCGGGUGCAACAGCCAGGCCAGCCCACCGGUAACAGUCCACACCGGUACGACCACAGACACACUCACAGGCUGCUUCUGAAAUGGCACCUUAUUCCCUAUAUAGUAUGUUUUACAUAUUAGACAUUUAGCAGACACUCUUAUCCAGAGCGACUUACAGGUGGUGCAUUCAUCUUAAGAUACUGUAGCUAGAUUAGACAACCACAAGUAGAACUUUUGACAAGGGCCCAUGGCUUUUUCAUUAUGAGAAUAUGGUAGACCAUAGUGGUCAGCUGUUUGUUCACCUGCACACGCCCGCAAUUGCUAAUAACCCAUCUGCAACUGCCCGACUAUAUGUGAUAAAAUGAAAAUCUGAGGCCUGCACCCGACCCUAACCCACUAAUAUAGAAAACGCACUGUAAGCUACAGUCAAAGACAGAGGAAUGAUUUUUUGACAGGGGGUUGCGGAUGGGAUUUUUUUAAAUGCCUGAUUUAGAUAGGUUUCUGCUUAUAAUUUCCGACAUUUUGGUAGGCUAUUUGUUAGUCAACUUGUUUAUAAUUAUAUACAUGCAGCUUCUCUUCUGUCAUUAUACAGUAUGUUACCCUAUAAGACUAAAUAAACCCUUGCUCACCAGAAUAAUGUCAUAAAUCGAUAGAAUGAAUGCUUCAAUCUAGUUGACAUCGGUAAAGUUCUCUCUGUCAUCUCUGACUCUUUCGUGGAGUAAAUACGUUUAGGGACUGGGGAGAAAAUGCAAUAACUCAACAACAAAAAAUGGGAACGAUUUUCUGUGCAACAUUUCCAAAUGACAUGUUUCUGAUAAGAUUUCUGUUCGGCUUGGAUGCAUAUUUUAUGUGGUUGAAAUACUAUCAUAUUUUAUGGUGCUGAUAGAUAGCACCUCUACAGAUGGUAUCUAACUGCACAUUCGCAUUCUCUCAAGAUGCUGAAAGAAAUAAAUCAUAUUUCUCCAUUCAAGAUUUAGCCUACAUUUGGUUUGUCAUUUUACUGCAAGAAAUGCUUAAUUCUGCAGGAGUAAAUAUUAAGGCUAUGUGAGAGGUCAUAGACCUACAGUCAGUGUUCAGAUUUCGGUUUCAAUUGAACCCUUCUGAACAGUAGGCUACAGUUCCCUUGACGUUCCAUAGGCCUGUUUGAAGUCCCCGCCUUUUGACUGUUGAAUUUGUAUAGAGCCUCACAAUCAUCACACAUAACAUAUCAUCCAAUUUUACCACUUCACCAAAUCUUUCCCGAAAAUGUCUUCUUUAUUUUCAACUCUCCAUUUCGCAGCUUUUCUCUUAUUGAAUUAAACGCCGACAUUGUCCUUUUUGACUCCGUGAAUCGAUGUAACCUUGUUAUACCCAUUCCCAAAAGCAUUUGGCGUGUAGGUUACUUGGCGCGCGUACAAUUAGGCCCUGAUGCUUAGGCUUACGCACUAAUAUUAGAUAGCUAAAAAUAAUGAAAGAAAAACAGCAAUGUAGCCUAUAGAUAUAAAUUGCACAAGAUAAGAUAUUGUUUUCUCUUUAUUCAAUCCACCCGCCACCAACUCUCCCUUCAUCCACACAAUAUUUCAUGACCCCUAAACCUGCCCAACCCGCGGUUAUAACCGCGGGGACUGCGAGUUAUGAGUCAACUAGUAGACUACACUCAUAUUCUGGAUGAUUAGGAUGACAACUGGCGCUGUGUGGCACCCUCUAGUCUAGCGUCUGAUCUUGACGUUCUAAAGAGAGGACCAGUAGGUGUCAGGCUUUAGCUCCAGUCUUAGCACCCUGACUAUCCAUGACUUGAUUGGACUGCACUUUAAAAAAGCUAGAAACCCCCCCCCAUCUGAUCUAUAAGCAUAAUAUAAUUAGCAUAAUAAAGAAACAAGGUUUUUGAUAACAAUUUAGUGUACACGCUUAGAAAAAAGGGUUCUUCACUGGCCCAUAGGAGAACCCUUUUUGGUUUCAGGUAAAACCAUUUUUGGUUCCAGGUAGAACCAUUUUGGGUUCCAUGAAGAACCCUCUGUGGAAAGCGUUCUACAUGGAACCCAAAAGGGUUCUACCUGGAAUCAACAAGGGUUCUUCAAAGGGUUCUCCUAUGGGGACAGCCGAAGAACCCUUUUAGAUUGUAGAUUGCACCUUUUUUUCUAAGAAUGUAAUUUACAAAACUACAAUGCUCAUGAAAUAAUAAUAACUUGAGUGGAAAGACUAACAGCAACUCUUUAUCAUCCCUCUCCAGCCCCCUGUAUGCCCCAGAACAUGUUAUCCUCAGCCAACUGUCAGUCUGCAGUCCUGACCAGCACAUGGGACCGUGCUGAGGGGGCUCUGUCCUACAUGGUUGAGGCAUGGGGAAACAACGGUGAAAGCAACCGCUACAACUGCAGCUCCUUCACCAACAGCUGUUCCAUACCCUUGGUGCAAUGUGGGGAGAGUUUAACCAUGUAUAUCACAGCCUUCGAUGACAACUGCCCCAGCGACAGGACUCUGGGACAGGUGGCCGAGACAGGUGAGACGUGGUCAACUCUUCACUGCCAGUAUAUCACAUACAUUACAUCCACCUGAUUCUUCGAGCCGUUACCCUCCACUCAGUACAUUAGCUAUAUUGAUGUAACUUUCAUGCACAGUUUUUACAACUGGCUCAAUAACCUUAAAUUUAAUUCAGGGGGAAUAGCCAUUAAGCAGUGUAUAUUGUUCAACUGGGGCAUUCACUACCCUAGUAACUGACUAGCUAUAGUACCAAACCACACACAGACAGUCUGAAACCAACACACACUCAACUGAAUGUUCCCUCCCCGCUGCAGUUCCCUGCGUUCCUCAUAACGUUUCAGCGGCGAUGUACUGUGGAUCCGACUCCAUCACUCUGAACUGGCAGGUUUCCUACGGCUCUCUGUUCUACAUCGCCACGGCGAUGGAUGACGCUGGCGUGGUUCACACCUGUAACUCCAUGGAUACCAUGUGUCAGAUUAAAGGCCUGCGCUGCAGCUCCACCUACACCGCCUUCGUUACCGCAAUCAACCUCAAGUGCAACAGCUCCAACAGUGAGAUAGUCACCAUAGAGACAGGUAUGUUACUGUCCAUCAAUCAAUCAGAUAUAUUUAUUAAGCCCUUUUUACAUCAGCAGUUGUCACAAAGUGCGUUUACUGCACUGCCCUCUCCAGUUAGGGGACAGGCAGGCUGGUGAUGAGUUCUAAAUAGUUUUAUAAUAAUAAUAGUAAUAAUAAUAAUGAUAGUUUUAUUACACAGGAAGUAGUAGUAGUAGUAGUAGUCUUGUUAUUCUGUGCCUUUUGAGCAAGUCCUACUAUACAGCUCAAUAGGUACAUGAUUUCCAAACUGUUAUUUGCCAUGUUUUAUACAAGUGUUGAGUGUCUCUCACAUCACAUGAUCCCCUCCCCCUCCAGCCCCCUGCCUUCCGGACCACAUCGAGGCCUUCCUGGACUGUGCAGUGAACCACGCUCUGAUUGUGUGGCAGGGCCAUCACAGUAUACUCUCCUACACAGCCACCAUUGAGGACACGGAGGGAGGCCUGCUCAGCUGCAGCACCACGGGAAACAACUGCAAGGUCCCCAGCCUGAAGUGUGGCCAGCUCUACUCUGUCUCCGUCAUGCACCACGACGGCAUCUGCCCCAGCAUGCCCUCCCAGGCCAUCACCAUGGAGUCAGGUAGGAACCUCCACCAUUAACAGUAAACACAAUACUAGCCCUAAUUUUCAAAUUUGGCAACCGCCAAAUCCUUAAUCCAACAACUAGAGUCAGGUAGGGCAUCUCUAUGACUUAUAUGCAACUUACUCAACUUAACACAAAUUGAUUCAAUCCUACUCAGUUUCGACUUCAGUCCCAAACUUAACCCCACUCCACAGUUAUAUGACCCCUAGAUUUAUACAGUAGUAUACUAAAAUAGAAGUGUAUCAGGGUUAUGAUACACUUCUAUUUUAGUAUACUACUGUACAUACUGCAUGUCUUUGGUCAAACUUACCUCCUCUCUUCUCCAUCACUCUCGCUCUCUCGCUCCAGUCCCAUGCGGGCCUGCCAAUGUACAAACUGAGAUUGAUUGUGGGUCUGGAACGCUGACGGUGAGCUGGGACACGUCGCUGCAUGUGGAAGGUUACACCACCAUCAUCUACCACGACAACAGAGAGCAGGUGACCUGUAACUCCACGGCAACCAGCUGUAGCGUGGACACACUGGACUGUGGCGAGGAGUAUGUUGUGGAGGUUUUGUCUGUUAACGGAUCCUGCCUCUCUAUGCCCAGCCAGGCCAUGGUCGUCAGGGAAGGUGAGACAGGAUACAACUAGUUUGUGAAAUUCAGUAGACAUAACAAUGGAACAAAAACGCGUUAUAUAAAGUCUCUUUCCAAUAUUGCUCAACUCAAAUUCAAGGAUGUUAGAACUUUUAUAACUCAUCAGUUACUCUACAUAAACUGUAAAAAUCUAUUUUUAAAGCAAUAUGUUCUAAUUUUGUCCUCAUCUUCCUCCCCUCUCAGUGCCCUGUGUGCCCACUAACGUGACAGCGAAGCAUACCUGUGGAGAGAGCUCUGUAGCCGUCACCUGGAAUGCCAGCCGUGGGGCCAAGACCUACACUGCCAUCGCCAUGGGCAACAACGGCCACCGUACGGAGUGCACGUCCAACGACACCACCUGUAGUCUGGAGGAUCUGCUGUGUGGUCAGACGUACAGCCUCAGCGUGAUGGCUGUGGACGACGCCUGCUCCAGCAUGGAGAGCAGUAUGGUCACCAUACAGACAGGUAAGGACAGAGUAAUACCCAGGGAGGUUGAUGUGAUAUGUUUCUGGGUUAAGCAAUCAAUCAAUCAAGCAACCUGCUUGAUUGGUUAAGUCAGGAAAAGCCAUGAACAUUAUUAUUUUUGUAAACUGCAUUAAUGUGCGUUUGGAGUCAUAUUCUCAACAAAACCAUGUUGACAGAUAUACUAGUAUGUGGACACCCCAGAUACACAGAAGUAUGUGGACACAACUUUAAAUUAGUGGAUUCGGCUAUUUCAACCACACCCGUUGCUGGCAGGUGUAUAAAAUGAGAACACAGCCAUGCAAUCUCCAUAGACAAACAUUGGCAGUAUAAUGGCCCGUACUGAAGAGCUCAGUGACUUUCAACGUAGCACCGUCAUAGGAUGCCACCUUUCCAACAAGUCAGUUUGUCAAAUUUCUGUCCUGCUAGAGCUGCCGUGGUCAACUGUAAGUGCUGUUCCUGUGAAGUGGAAAUGUCUAGGAGCAACAACUGCUCAGCCGAACGUGGUAGGCCACACAAGCUCACAGAACGGGACUGCCGAGUGCUGAAACGCAUAGCUCGUAAAAAUUCUGUCCUCAGUUGCAACACUCACUACCGAGUUCCAAACUGCCUCCGGAAGCAACGUCAGCACAAUAACUAUUCAUUGGGAGCUUCAUGAAAUGGGUUUCCAUGGCUGAGCAGCUGCACACAAGCCUAAGAUCACCAUGCGCAAUGCCAAGAUUUGGCUGGAGUUGUGUAAAGCUCGCCACCAUUGGACUCUGGAGCAGUGGAAACGCGUUCUCUGGAGUGAUGAAUCACACUUCACCAUCUGGCAGUCCGACGGAGAAUCUGGGUUUGAUGAAUGCCAGGAGAACGCUACCUGCCCAAAUGCAUAGUGCCAACUGUAAAGUUUGGUGGAGGAGGAAUAAUGGUCUGGGGCUGUUUUUCAUGGUUCAGGUCCAUUAGUUCCAGGAAAGGGAAGUCUUAACGCUACAGCAUACAAUGACAUUCUGGUCUGCACAGAUCCCUGACCUCAACCCCAUCAAACACCUUUGGGAUGAAUUGGAACGCCGACUGCGAGCCAGGCCUAAUCGCCCAACAUCAGUGCCCGACCUCACUAAUACUCUUGUGGCUGAAUGGAAGGAAGCAAGUCCCUGCAGCAAUGUUCCAACAUCUAGUGGAAAGCCUUCCCAGAAGAGUGGAGGCUGUUAUAGCAGCAAAGGGGGUACCAACUCCAUAUUAAUGCCCAUGAUUUUGGAAUGAGAUGUUCGACCAGAAGGUGUCCACAUACCUUUGGCCAUGUAGUGUAUUUUUGGAGUGGUGUAUCUCAAAGCAUAAGGCUAACUACAUUACACAGAGCCAUAAACAAUCCAAGUCAGACCAUAACCCUGUUCUCUCCUUCUCCCCUCCUGCAGUGCCUUGCCCUCCCACCCACGUCUCCAGCUGGGUGGACUGUGGCAGUAACACAGCCUCCCUCUCCUGGGAUGCCAGCCCCAACGCCAUCUCCUACUCUGGCAUUGCGGUGGGCAUGGAUGGGCACAGUGUGAGCUGUGGCCCUGCCUUCCCAGGGUGCCAGAUGGCUGGGCUGCACUGUGGUCAGGAGUAUGUCUUCACUGUGUCUGCCUCCGACGGUAGCUGUGAGAGCCCCGAGAGUGACACGUUCACACAGGAGACAGGUGAGAGAAACAGAGACAGCAUCUUCUUCUUCUGUUCAAUUAGAGAUAAUAUUACAGAUAAUAUUUUCUUCCUCUACUAUCUACUACUAUAACUACUACUACUAUUACUACUACUAAUUCUACAGAAUCUUUCAACUUCCUCUCACAUUCCUCUUUGCUACAGUACUAAACAUUCAAAAAUGAUUUUCUAUUCCAUUUGAUCUAAAUUAGUAUUCUUCCUCUCCUCUCCCUGUCAGCCCCCUGUGCCCCCCAGAGUGUAGCAAACAGUCUGUUCUGCAGCACAAACACUCUGCGCGUCAGCUGGGCCCCUGCAGCCAUCGCUCUGAACAACAGCGUCACUGCCAUGGCUGGUGAUGGUACUGCACUCUCCUGCACCACAGAAGGCUCCACCUGCGAGCUGGAUGGACUGCAGUGUGGACAACAGUACACUGUUGCCGUGACAGCCAUCAGCAGCAACUGUACCGGACCUACCAGCGCACCACAGACAGUCCAGACAGGUGUGUUAUCUGUCUUGCAUUGCAGUUGGAAUUUAAAGAGAGAGCAGUUGUACUGUACUGCAUACUGUUAUUACAUAGAACUCACACUUUCUGUUCUCUCUCUCUCAGUGCCAUGUGUUCCCUCCAGUGUGCAUGGGGUUGUGGACUGUGCCUCUAACACCCUGCAGGCCUCUUGGGAUGCCACGGAUGGGGCUCACGCUUACAUUUCCAUGGUGACCGGGCCAGACAGUUACACUUCGACGUGCUCUACCGCCAACCUGACCUGUUUCUUCACCGGCCUGGAGUGUGCCAAGGAGUACAGCGUCAGCGUGGUUGCAAAAGACAACCAGUGCAACAGUUCUGUCAGCGUUGACGUAUCAGUGACAACAGGUAAGUUCAGAGAAGAAAUCCUGCCUCCUCUUCAAACUGUACGUUGUAAUGUGACUAAUAAUCCUUGUAUUCCAUUGUAUUAAUGUUACAUUGAUGUACAAAAACCCUCUCUGACCCUGUUGCAUAGUCUCCUACAAAUUGGUCCUUUGAGCCGGAUAUGAACAAGCAACCUAUAGGCCAGGGAUCAUCAACUAGAUUCAGCCGCGGGCCGAUUAUUUUCUUGAGCAGAUGGUAGGGGGGCCGGAACAUAAUUACAAAUAAUUUGUAGACGGCAAAUUGACUGCAGGAAGCGCAAAUUGAUAUAAUGUUUGACUAAAACAUUAUCAUUUCAAACCUUGCUUACUUUUGUUUACAAUCCCGUUUCUUUCUAUUAUGCGUGAAUACUUGGGAACAGAUUUCUUAAAUUAAAAUUACUUGGAGCUGAUUUCCUGGUGUUUUUAGUCUAUGUCUAACAAUAAAACAUAUAUUUUAAAAAAGCAAUUUUUUUGUUGCAAAUAAAAACACCCGCGGGCCAAAUUGGCGCCGCCAGUUGGGGAACCAUGCUAUGACUAGGCUUAUUCCCCAAAACAUGUGUAAACAUACUGUGAGCACAUUAUCAGGUCAUGUGACCAGUAAGAAAAAGGUAUGAAAAUGUAUGCACUCACUACUGUAAGUCGCUCUGGAUAAGUGUCUGCUAAAUGACUAAAAUGUUAUUAUGUUCUCUGACCUCUCUUUGACCCCCUCCCCAGCCCCAUGUGACCCAGAAAACGUGGUUUCCCUGCUGCAGUGCAGCUCAGGCGUGGUGACGGUGUCCUGGGAGGCCAGUGCUGGAGCCACCGGCUAUACCGCCUCGGCACAGGAGGACGGAGAGACACACUUUACUUCCUGCAGCACCACAGGCACUUCCUGUGACCUCACCCAGCUGGAGUGUGGAGAGGUUUACACCGUGACAGUUGUGGCCGGGGAUGGAAUCUGCAACAGUACCUUGCUGGCCACAACCACCAUCCAGACAGGUAAAGGAGGGAGAAAGAUAGUAUGUGCGAUAGAGAGAGAGUGACAGACAGAAAUAUAGAGAUUGAGAUAGAAAUUACAACCAAAGAGAGAUAGAUAAGAUAACAGUAUGUAUCUCUGUGAUAUAUCAUUUCGAACACAGAGAGAGAGCCGUUUGAUAUAACAGACAGACACUAGUCCAUCUCCAGUCCCUAACCUGUCCUCUCCUCUUCUUCGCCUGCUCCAGCUCCCUGUCCCCCCACCAUCAAGGACCACUCCCUGGAUUGUGCCUCAAACCAGGCCUCCAUCUCCUGGGUUGACGAUGACGAUGCUGUGGGCUUCCUCAUCAACGCCACCUCUGCCCUGGGUCACACCCCCUUCUGCAGCUCCACCAACACCUCCUGUCUCCUUGACGACCUACUCUGCGGACAGACCUACACCGUGCAUGCCAUCGCCCAGGGAGACCAGUGCAACAGUGAGCCCAGCGAGUCGUUCGAGAUCGUCACAGGUGUGUUUUUAGACUAGAGCUGUGUGUGAUUGACGUGGGAUUAAUUUGCUGUUAUUAUUAUAAAACGCAGCUGGUCCACUAACGGCCCACUACUGGAAAAGAUGGCGGCCCACUGGCCCCACUCAUGUUGUUGUGACUAAUUGUCUCCUUUUGACUGACCAAGUGUAUUUGUGUAUGUUUCCACAGCCCCUUGCACCCCAGCCAACGUCCGGUCCCAGUAUGAGUGUGGUACGAGCAUAGCUCUGCUGAGCUGGGACGAGACUCUGGGGCGUGAUAGCUUCAUCACCCGUGUAGAGUCUGGUGACCACAGUGACUCCUGCAGUACGACUGAGACCCAAUGCUCUUUGACCACGCUCAUGUGUGGUCAUCUCUACAAUGUGACCGUGGAUGCUCUGGCCGGACACUGCAACAGCAGCCAUUCAGCUGCCACACAGAUACAUACAGGUAAAUGGGGAUAAUGGUCCCCAGUGUAGUCAGUAUCAUUUACAGUAACAGUUUAUUACUUUAACAUUGUCCCCCUCUCCUACCCUCCCUUCAGCUCACUGUGCCCCGCAGAAUGUCAGUGCCAGUCUGCUGUGUGCCAACAACACAGUGGCUGUAACCUGGCUGGCCAGCUCUGGUGCUGUGGGCUACAAUGUGACCGCCCUGGGCCACGACGGUGACACCAAAACCUGCACCACAGACGACACCAGCUGUGAUCUACCAAACAUGCACUGCGCUCAGACCUAUGACAUCACUGUCACGCCCUUCUCUGAGACGUGUAAAGGCUUCCAGAGCACCGCCUUCACCUUCAUUGCAGGUAUGGAAAACAAAUACAGAUCAGAGAAGCUACUUAAAGACAUUUACAUUCUUAAGAGUACUCCAUUGGAUGCUGUAACUCUUAAAACAUUUAACAUUCUAACAUUUAAGUCAUUUAGCAGACGCUCUUAUCCAGAGCGACUUACAAAUUGGUGCAUUCAACUUAGGAUAGCCAGUGGGGGGGGGGGGGGGGGGGGGGGGGUAGAAGGAUUACUGUUAUACUAUUCCAGGUAUUCCUUAAAGAGGUAGGGUUUCAAGUGUCUCCGAAGGUGGUCAGUGACUCCGCUGUCCUGGCGUCGUGGGGGAGCUUGUUCCACCAUUGGGGUGCCAGAGCAGCGAAUAGCUUUGACUGGGCUGAGCGGGAACUGUGCUUCCGUAGAGGUAGGGGGGCUAGCAGGCCAGAGGUGGAUGAACGUAGUGCCCUCAUUUGGGUGUAGGGUCUGAUCAGAGCCUGAAGGUAAGGAGGUGCCGUUCCCCUCAUAGCUCCGUAGGCAAGCACCAUGGUUUUGUAGUAGAUGCGAGCUUCAACUGGAAGCCAGUGGAGUGUGCGGAGGAGCGGGGUGACAUGAGAGAACUUGGGAAGGUUGAACACCAGACGGGCUGCAGCGUUCUGGAUAAGUUGUAGGGGUUUAAUGGCACAGGCAGGGAGCCCAGCCAACAGCGAGUUCAAAUCAAAUCAAAUCAAAUUUUAUUGGUCACAUGCGCCGAAUACAACAGGUGCAGACAUUACAGUGAAAUGCUUACUUACAGCCCUUAACCAACAGUGCAUUUAUUUUAAACAAAAAAAAGUAAGAAUAAAACAACAACAAAAAAAGUGUUGAGAAAAAAAGAGCAGAAGUAAAAUAAAGUGACAGUAGGGAGGCUAUAUAUACAGUAAAAUAAAGUGACAGUAGGGAGGCUAUAUAUACAGGGGGGUACCGUUGCAGAGUCAAUGUGCGGGGGCACCGGCUAGUUGAGGUAGUUGAGGUAAUAUGUACAUGUGGGUAGAGUUAAAGUGACUAUGCAUAAAUACUUAACAGAGUAGCAGCAGCGUAAAAAGGAUGGGGUGGGGGGGCAGUGCAAAUAGUCCGGGUAGCCAUGAUUAGCUGUUCAGGAGUCUUAUGGCUUGGGGGUAGAAGCUGUUGAGAAGUCUUUUGGACCUAGACUUGGCACUCCGGUACCGCUUGCCGUGCGGUAGCAGAGAGAACAGUCUAUGACUAGGGUGGCUGGAGUCUUUGACAAUUUUGAGGGCCUUCCUCUGACACCGCCUGGUAUAGAGGUCCUGGAUGGCAGGGAGCUUUGCCCCAGUGAUGUACUGGGCCGUACGCACUACCCUCUGUAGUGCCUUGCGGUCAGAGGCCAAGCAGUUGCCAUACCAGGCGGUGAUGCAACCAGUCAGGAUGCUCUCGAUGGUGCAGCUGUAGAAUUUUUUGAGGAUCUGAGGACCCAUGCCAAAUCUUUUUAGUCUCCUGAGGGGGAAUAGGCUUUGUCGUGCCCUCUUCACGACUGUCUUGGUGUGUUUGGACCAUGAUAGUUCGUUGGUGAUGUGGACACCAAGGAACUUGAAGCUCUCAACCUGUUCCACUACAGCCCCGUCGAUGAGAAUGGGGGCGUGCUCAGUCCUCUUUUUUUUCCUGUAGUCCACAAUCAUCUCCUUUGUCUUGGUCACGUUGAGGGAGAGGUUGUUGUCCUGGCACCACACGGCCAGAUCUCUGACCUCCUCCCUAUAGGCUGUCUCAUCGUUGUCGGUGAUCAGGCCUACCACUGUUGUGUCGUCGGCAAACUUAAUGAUGGUGUUGGAGUCGUGCCUGGCCAUGCAGUCAUGGGUGAACAGAGAGUACAGGAGGGGACUGAGCACGCACCCCUGAGGGGCCCCCGUGUUGAGGAUCAGUGUGGCAGAUGUGUUGUUACCUACCCGUACCACCUGGGGGCGGCCCGUCAGGAAGUCCAGGAUCCAGUUGCAGAGGGAGGUGUUUAGUCCCAGGAUCCUUAGCUUAGUGAUGAGCUUAGAGGGCACUAUGGUGUUGAAUGCUGAGCUGUAGUCAAUGAAUAGCAUUCUCACGUAGGUGUUCCUCUUGUCCAGGUGGGAAAGGGCAGUGUGGAGUGAAAUAGAGAUUGCAUCAUCUGUGGAUCUGUUGGGGCGGUAUGCAAAUUGGAGUGGGUCUAGGGUUUCUGGGAUUAUGCUGUUGAUGUGAGCCAUGACCAGUCUUUCAAAGCACUUCAUGGCUACAGACGUCAGUGCUACGGGUCGGUAGUCAUUUAGGCAGGUUAUCUUAGAGUUCUUGGGCACGGGGACUAUGGUGGUCUGCUUGAAACAUGUUGGUAUUACAGACUCAGUCAGGGACAUGUUGAAAAUGUCAGUGAAGACACUUGCCAGUUGGUCAGCACAUGAUCGGAGUACACGUCCUGGUAAUCCGUCUGGCCCUGCGGCCUUGUGAAUGUUGACCUGCUUAAAAGUCUUACUCACAUCGGCUACGGAGAGCGUGAUCACAUAGUCAUCCGGAACAGCUGGUGCUCUCAUGCAUGCUUCAGUGUUGCUUGCCUCGAAGCGAGCAUAGAAGUGGUUUAGCUCGUCUGGUAGGCUUGUGUCACUGGGCAGCUCGCGGCUGUGCUUCCCUUUGUAGUCUGUAAUAGUUUUCAAGCCCUGCCACAUCCGACGAACGUCAGAGCCAGUGUAGUAUGAUUCAAUCUUAGACCUGUAUUGACUCUUUGCCUGUUUGAUGGUUCGUCGGAGGUCAUAGCGGGAUUUCUUAUAAGCGUCCGGGUUAGAGUCCCGUUCCUUGAAAGCGGCAGCUCUACCCUUUAGCUCAGUGCGGAUGUUUCCUGUAAUCCAUGGCUUCUGGUUGGGGUAUGUACGUACGGUCACUGUGGGGACGACAUCAUCGAUGCACUUAUUGAUGAAGCCAGUGACUGAUGUGGUGUACUCCUCAAUGCUGUCUGAAGAAUCCCGGAACAUGUUCCAGUCUGUGCUAGCAAAACAGUCCUGUAGCUUAGCAUCUGCGUCAUCUGACCACUUUUUUAUUAACCGAAUCACUGGUGCUUCCUGCUUCAGUUUUUGCUUAUAAGCAGGAAUCAGGAGGAUAGAGUUAUGGUCAGAUUUGCCAAAUGGAGGGCGAGGGAGAGCUUUGUAUGUGUCUCUGUGUGUUGAGUAAAGGUGGUCUAGAGUUUUUUUCCCUCUGGUUGCACAUUUAACAUGCUGGUAGAAAUGAGGUAGAACGGAUUUAAGUUUCCCUGCAUUAAAGUCCCCGGCCACUAGGAGCGCUGCAUCUGGAUGAGCGUUUUCCUGUUGAUUAAUGGCCUUGUACAACUCAUUCAGAGCAAUCUUAAUGCCAGCAUUGGUUUGUGGUGGUAAAUAGACAGCUAUGAAAAAUAUAGAUGAAAACUCUCUUGGUAAAUAGUGUGGUCUACAGCUUAUCAUAAGAUACUCUACCUCAGGCGAGCAAAACCUCGAGACUUCCUUAGUAUUUGAUUUUGUGCACCAGCUGUUGUUUACAAAUAUACACAGACCGCCGCCCCUUGUCUUACCAGAGUCAGACGUUCUGUCCUGCCGAUGUAGCGUAUAGCCUGCUAGCUGAAUGUUAUCAUUGUUGUCGUUCAGCCACGACUCCGUGAAACAUAAGAUAUUACAGUUUUUAAUGUCCCGUUGGUAGGAUAACCGUAAUCUUAACUCGUCCAUUUUAUUCUCAAAAGAUUGAACGUUGGCUAGUAGGAUUGAUGGGAGAGGCAGUUUACUCGCUCGCCGUCGGAUCCUUACAAGGCACCCGGAUCUGCGUCCGCGAUAUCUCCGUCUCUUCCUCACGCGAAUGACGGGGAUCUGGGCCUUGUCGGGUGUCUGUAGGAUAUCCUUCGCGACCGCCUCGUUGAAGAAAAAAUCUUCGUCCAAUGCGAGGUGAGUAAUCGCUGUCCUGAUAUCCAGAAGCUCUUUUUGGUUAUAAGAGACGAUGGCAGAAACAUUAUGUACAAAAUAAAUUACAAAUAACGCGGAAAAACACACAUAAUAGUACAAUUGGUUAGAGGGCUGUAAAACGGCAGCCAUCUUCCCCAGCGCUGUUCUCUGCAGUAAUCCAGAUGGGAGAUGACAAGUGCCUGGAUUAGGACCUGUGCCGCUUUCUGUGUAAGGUAGGGUCGUACUCUGCGAAUGUUGUAGAGCAUGAACCUGCAGGAUCGGGUCACCGCUUUGAUGUUAGCGGAGAAUGACAGGGUGUUGUACAGGGUCACGCCAAGGUUCUUUGCACUCUGGGAGGAGGACACAAUGGAGUUGUCAACCGUGAUGGCGAGAUCAUGAAGCGGGCAGUCCUUCCCCGGGAGGAAGAGCAGCUCCGUCUUGCCGAGGUUCAGCUUGAGGUGGUGAUCCGUCAUCCACACUGGUAUGUCUGCCAGACAUGCAGAGAUACGAUUCGCCACCUGGUUAUCAGAAGGUGGAAAGGAGAAAAUUGUGUGUCGUCUGCGUAGCAAUGAUAGGAUAGACCAUGUGAGGAUAUGACAGAGCCAAGUGACUUGGUGUAUAGAGAGAAUAGGAGAGGGCCUAGAACUGAGCCCUGGGGGACACCAGUGGUGAGAGCACGUGGUGCGGAGACAGAUUCUCGCCACGCCACCUGGUAGGAGCGACCUGUCAGGUAGGACGCAAUCCAAGAGUGAGCAGCGCCGGAGAUGCCCAACUCGGAGAGGGUGGAGAGGAGGAUCUGAUGGUUCACAGUAUCAAAGGCAGCAGAUAGGUCUAGAAGGAUAAGAGCAGAGGAGAGAGAGUUAGCUUUAGCAGUGCGGAGAGCCUCCGUGACACAGAGAAGAGCAGUCUCAGUUGAAUGAUCAGUCUUGAAACCUGACUGGUUUGGAUCAAGAAGGUCAUUCUGAGAGAGAUAGCAGGAGAGUUGGCUAGAGACGACACGCUCAAGAGUUUUGGAGAAAAGAAAGAAGGGAUACUGGUCUGUAGUUGUUGACAUCGGUCUCUGUCUCAACAACUGUCCUUAACAACAACCCCCCCUUCUCUCUUCCUCUAUCCUCCCCCCCCAGGUCCCUGUCCCCCCACCGAGGUCCAGACCUCUCUGCAUUGUGAGAGUAACGUGGGUUCCGUGUCCUGGGUCGCCGCCCGUACCUCCCAGAUGUACGUUGCCACGGCAACUGGCCAGGACGGCCACGCCCACACCUGCAUCACCAAUGGGACGGCGGGUUGCUCCUUCAGUGACCUGAAAUGUGGCGAGACCUACACCGUCUCAGUGGUAACCAUGGAGAGGGGAUGCCAGAGCAAGCCCAGCGCACCAUUCCCCCUCAAAGCAGGUGAGAGGAGAGAGUAAAUCACUAUACUAAUGGCUGUACUCAUUAGCAUUAACUUAACGAUAACGAUCUGCUAACUGUAUAUCUCAGUUUAAGUCUCCAUAUAAUCUUUUCAUCAAACCUUGACACUGAAUGCAUUUAGCAAAGUAAUGAUAAUUAUUGGGUGGGUUUGAUACAGUGAGGGGAAAAGAGUAUUUGAUCCCCUGCUGAUUUUGUACGCUUGCCCACUGACAAAGACAUGAUCAGUCUAUAAUUUUAAUGGUAUGUUUAUUUGAACAGUGAGAGACAGAAUAACAACAAAAAAAUCCAGAAAAACACAUGUCAAAAAUGUUAUAAAUUGAUUUGCAUUUUCAUGAGGGAAAUAAGUAUUUGACCCCUCUGCAAAACAUGACUUGGUGGCAAAACCCUUGUUGGCAAUCACAGAGGUCAGACAUUUCUUGUAGUUGGCCACCAGGUUUGCACACAUCUCAGGAGGGAUUUUGUCCCACUCCUCUUUGCAGAUCUUCUCCAAGUCAUUAAGGUUUCGAGGCUGACGUUUAGCAACUCGAACCUUCAGCUCCCUCCACAGAUUUUCUAUGGGAUUAAGGUCUGGAGACUGGCAAGGCCACUCCAGGACCUUAAUGUGCUUCUUCUUGAGCCACUCCUUUGUUGCCUUGGCCGUGUGUUUUGGGUCAUUGUCAUGCUGGAAUACCCAUCCACGACCCAUUUUUUUCAAUGCCCUGGCUGAGGGAAGGAGGUUCUCACCCAAGAUUUGAUGGUACAUGGCCCCGUCCAUCCUCCCUUUGAUGCGGUGAAGUUGUCUUGUCCCCUUAGCAGAAAAACACCCCCAAAGCAUAAUGUUUCCACCUCCAUGUUUGACGGUGGGGAUGGUGUUCUUGGGGUCAUAGGCAGCAUUCCUCCUCCUCCAAACACGGCGAGUUGAGUUGAUGCCAAAGAGCUCGAUUUUGGUCUCAUCUGACCACAACACUUUCACCCAGUUCUCCUCUGAAUCAUUCAGAUGUUCAUUGGCAAACUUCAGACGGGCCUGUAUAUGUGCUUUCUUGAGCAGGGGGACCUUGCGGGCGCUACAGGAUUUCAGUCCUUCACGGCGUAGUGUGUUAUCAAUUGUUUUCUUGGUGACUAUGGUCCCAGCUGCCUUGAGAUCAUUGACAAGAUCCUCCCGUGUAGUUCUGGGGUGAUUCCUCACCGUUCUCAUGAUCAUUGCAACUCCACGAGGUGAGAUCUUGCAUGGAGCCCCAGGCCGAGGGAGAUUGACAUUUAUUUUGUGUUUCUUCCAUUUGCGAAUAAUCGCACCAACUGUUGUCACCUUCUCACCAAGCUGCUUGGCAAUGGUCUUGUAGCCCAUUCCAGCCUUGGCCAUGGUGGAGAGUUUGGAAUCUGAUUGAUUGAUUGCUUCUGUGGACAGGUGUCUUUUAUACAGGUAACAAACUGAGAUUAGGAGCACUCCCUUUAAGACUGUGCUCCUAAUCUCAGCUCGUUACCUGUAUAAAAGACACCUGGGAGCCAGAAAUCUUUCUGAUUGAGAGGGGGUCAAAUACUUAUUUCCCUCAUUAAAAUGCAAAUCAAUUUAUAACAUUUUUGACAUGCGUUAUUCUGUCUCUCACUGUUCAAAUAAACCUACCAUUAAAAUUAUAGACUGAUCAUUUCUUUUUCAGUGGGCAAACGUACAAAAUCAGCAGGGGAUCAAAUACUUUUUUCCCUCACUGUAUGUGUGCGAUUUCAAAACCAAAAAGCUCACACUCUUUCCCUCUUCCUGUUUUUUCCUCUCUUUCCCUCCCUCUCUCAGCCAUCUGUCCUCCUACCAGGCUGGCUGGAGUGACGGCCUGUGGCACCAACGACCUGACCAUCACCUGGGACCAGAACCCCGAGACCGGUGUCACCUAUUUCCUGUAUUCCCAGAAAGAGGGCGGAGCCAACACCAGCUACUCCACCGUAGACCCGUCCCAUGUGAUCUCAGGGCUGCAGUGUGGAGAACACUACAGCUUCAGGGUCAUGGCCAAGGACUCUGUCUGCACCAGCAGCCUCAGCUCAACCAUGGAGAUAGACACAGGUACCAACCACAGGCAGGGUCUCUUUCCUACCUAUUAUCACAUUAAAACAAUGAGUCUUCAUCCACUUUUUCUUAUACAGUAUUUGUAUUUAUUAUGGAUCCCCAUGGCAGCAGCUACUCUUCCUGGGGUCCAGCAAAAUUAAGGCAGUUAUACAUUUUAAAAACAUUACAAUACAUUCAUAACAGAUUUCACAACAUAUUAAGUGAAUGCCCUCAGGCCUCUACUCUACUACCACAUAUCUAUAACACACAAUCCAUGUGUACAUGUGUGUAUAGUGCGUUUGUUAUAGUGUGUGUGUAUGCAUGUGUCUGUUUGUGUUGCUUCACAGUCCCCGCUGUUCCAUAAGGUGUAUUUUUACCUGUUUUUUAAAAUCUGAUUCUACUGCUUGCAUCAGUUACCUGAUGUGGAAUAGAGUUCCAUGUGUCAUGGCUCUAUGUAGUACUGUGUGCCUCCCAUAGUCUGUUCUGGACUUGGGGACUGUGAAGAGACCUCUGGUGGCAUGUCUUGUGGGGUAUGCAUGGGGGUCCGAGCUGUGUGCCAGUAUUCCAAACAGACAACACGGUGCAUUCAGCUUGUCGACACCUCUUACAAAAACAAGCAGUGAUGAAGUCAAUCUCUAUUCCACUCUGAGCCAGGAGAGACUGACAUGCAUGUCAUUAAUGUUAGCUCUCCAUGUACUUUUAAGGGCCAGCCGUGCUGCCCUGUUCUGAGCCAACUGCAAUUUUCCCAAGUCCUUCUUUGUGGCACCUGACCACACUACUGAACAGUAGUCUAGGUGCGACAAAACUAGGGCCUGUAGGACCUGCCUUGUUGAUAGUGUAGUUAAGAAGGCAGAGCAGCACUUAAUUAUGGACAUACUUCUCCCCAUCUUAGCUUCUGUAGCUCAAUUGGUAGAGCAUGGCGCUUGUAAUGCCAGGGUAGUGGGUUCGAUCCCCGGGACCACCCAUACCUAAAAAUGUAUGCACGCAUGACUGUAAGUCGCUUUGGAUAAAAGUGUCUACUAAAUGGCAUAUUAAUAUGCUUUGACCAUGACAGUCUACAAUCCAGGGUUACUCCAAGCAGUUUAUUCACCUCAACUUGCUCAAUUUCCACAUUAUUCAUUACGACAUGUAGUUGAGGUUUAGGGUUUAGUGAAUGAUUUGACCCAAAUACAAUGCUUUUAGUUUUGGAAAUAUUCAGGACUAACUUAUUCCUUGCCACCCAUUCCGAAACUAACUGCAACUCUUUGUUAAGCGUUGCAGUUAUUUCAGUUGCUGUAGUAGCUGACGUGUAUAGUGUUGAGUCUUCCGCAUACAUAGACACACUGGCUUUACUCAAAGCCAGUGGUAUGUCGUUAGUAAAGAUGGAAAAAAGCAAGGGGCGUAGGCAGCUGCCUGGGGAAUUCCUGAUUCUACCUGGAUUAUGUUUGAGAGGCUUCCAUUAAAGAACACCCUCUGUGCUCUGUUAGACAGGUAACUCUUUAUCCACAUGGGGUGUAAAGCCAUAACACAUACAUUUUUCCAGCAGCAGACUAUGAUCGAUAAUGUCAAAAGCCACACUGAAGUCUAACAAAACAGUAUGUCACUCAAAGUCACCAAAUACUGUGAAUGUGUAUAACAGGCAUACAGUUGCUACUUACUUAAACCUUUUACCGUUUUCUCCUGGAGCAUAGGCCAUCGACAACCGUUCCACCAUUGUAUAAUCUAUAAAGAACUUGUUUUGUACUGAUUCACAACGUCCUUCCUUGUUCUGAAACUGAUUUCCAAUGCUCUUUCUGGUUCCCGUCCACAGCUCCUUGCCCGCCCACCAACCUAACAGCCCAGGCAAACUGUAGCACCAAUGGGGGCAUCAUCACCUGGGACUUGAGUGCAGGUGGCGUCACCUACACUGCCACGGUAACCGGUACCACCCACAGCCUCACAGCUUCCUGUACUUCCAACACCACUUCCUGUUAUGUGAAGCUGGACUGCGGACACCCUUACUCAGCCUCCGUGGUCGCCUCCACUGGGACCUGCAACAGCACCAUGGACACCAUCCAGUUCGACUCAGGUAGUUAACAAAAUAAUGAACUAACUAACUAACCAACCAACUGACUGACUGACUGUCUAACUGACUGACUGACUAACUGACUAACCAACUGACUGACUAACCAACUAACAGACUGACUGACUGACUAGAAUUGAAGAGAAUCGAAUGGAAUCUAACUUUUAUUAUAAUUAUAAACUACAGGUGAAAUGUUCAAUUAGUGAACAGAUUAAAUGUUAUAAAGCUAUUACUAUCCUUCAGUGUAGACCUUCACUUGUAGUUGUCUUACAUUAGAUGACCAUACUGUUACUCGACCCUGUUUUGAUUCACUACAGAUAAUGCACCAUGCACUAUGCUACAGUAGCACCAGUCCCACGGUUAUGUCUCUCUCCCACCUCCACCCCGGUCCCCCUCCACAGCCCCCUGUCUACCCGGCAACAUAGCAGCAGCCCUGGACUGCAGUGCCAACACGUUUGCAGUGCAGUGGUCAGAGAGUGAGGGGAAACGUGACUCCUACACGGCCCUGGCCAUCGGCAGCGACGGGUCUAAUCUGAGCUGUGGCACCAGCUCUACAACCUGCACCAUCAACAGCCUGGCCUGUGGCAUCAUAUACAGCAUCACUGUCAGCACCGCCAAUGUCAACUGUGCCACCAUCGAGGGAUCAGACUACCAGAUCCAGUCAGGUAAGGCGCUGGUUCAGAGUCAGACAACCACCCAUCUUACUGUACACCUCAACUGCCUAGACCCAAGAUCAAUCAAUCUAUCCAAAUUCUCAAGGAGUUCUGGUAUUAAACCCUCAUAAAGUUAAUGUAUUUUACUUCCUGUAUGUAUACUCUUUCUCCCCUCCUGUCCUCUCUCCACCCUUCCAUCCCUCUCUCCACCCCUCUCUCCACCCUUCCAUCCCUCUCUCCACCCUUCCAUCCCUCUCUCCACCUUCCAUCCCUCUCUCCAUCCUUCCAUCCCUCUCUCCGUUCUUACAUCCCUUUCUCCAUCCUUCCAUCCCUCUCUCUCCAUCCUUCCAUCCCUCUCUCUCCAUCCUUCCAUCCCUCUCUCUCUCUCCAUCCUUCCAUCCCUCUCUCUCUCUCUCUCUCAAUCCUUCCAUCCCUCUCUCCAUCCGUACAUCCCUCUCUCAUCCUUCCAUCCCUCUCUCUCUCUCUCCAUCCCUCUCUCUCUCCAUCUCUCUCUCCAUCCUUCCAUCCCUCUCUCUCACCAUCCUUCCAUCCCUCUCUCUCCAUCCUUCCCCCUCUCUCGCUCCAUCCUUCCCCCUCUCUCGCUCCAUCCUUCCCCCUCUCUCGCUCCAUCCUUCCCCCUCUCGCUCCAUCCUUCCCCCUCUCGCUCCAUCCUUCCCCCUCUCUCGCUCCAUCCUUCCCUCUCUCUCACUCCAUCCUUCCAUCCAUCUUUCCAUUCUUCCAUCCCUCUCUCUCUCCAUCCUUCCCUCUCUCUCCAUCCUUGCAUCCCUCUCGCUCUCCAUCUUUACAUCCCUCUCUCUCUCUCUCUCCAUCCUUCCAUCCCUGUCUCCAUCCUUACAUCCAUCUCUCUCCAUCCAUUCUUCCAUCCCUCUCUCUCUCUCUCCAUCCUUCUCUCCUCCUCUCCCCUCAGCUCCCUGUAAACCAGAGAGCCCUGCGGUGAGCCUGGAGUGCAGUACUAACGUAGCCGAGGUGACUUGGGACAACGCUGGACCUGACCAAAUCCACAUGGUGUCAGCAGUGGACUUGCAGGGAGUGAAGAGCUCCUGUAACAGCACUGGCUCCAACUGCACCUUCAGCUCUCUGAGUUGUGGACAGGCCUAUACACUCACUGUACAGGGCCUCACCGACACCUGCAAGAGCGAACGCAGCACCAGCAUGAACCUGCUCACAGGUGACACACAGACAGAUAUGGUAGAGAGAAACUUUACAAUGGAAUGCCGUUCAUUGGGUCCUACCAUGUAUAUAAAUAAAUGUGUCAUACUUAACAGUAGUGUAGUGACUCUAGGUUGAAUAUGCUUUGUAUAAGAAAACAUGCUUCAUUUUGUAUAGCAUAUGGUGUAAGCAGCAUGUAGGCUACUCUCCUUGGAUGUCACAGUGUAAUCUUAGUUAAGUAGGGCAUGGAUCCAUCUUUGGUUUUCCAGUCAUUGGUCACACCUCUUUAAUCCUCGUAACCCUGGACACAAUGGAAGUGUGCUCAUAGAAAUAGAAUCAAGUCAAUAGGUCUGUGACGGGUGGAUGGGUAGAAUUCUCUCUCACUGUAUCAGUAUUAAAACCCAACACACACCCAGAUCCAACACACACCUCUCUGUCCCACUGAGUGUGUAUAUUAACAGAUAUUAAUCAAAUAUAAUAGUGUUGCAAUCAUGUCAGUUGGUCUUUAAAGCCCAACACACGCACCCUCCUGAUCAACACAUCCCUCUGUCCCCUUUCCAGCCCCCUGCGUCCCCACCCACUUGACAGCCGAUGUGAACUGUGAAGCCGGCAUCACGUCUGUGACCUGGGACUCAGCCCGCGGUGCCACCGGCUACACAGUACAUGCAGAGGGAAGCGGUGGGCACAAUGCCACCUGUACCAGCUCAGACACCAACUGUGCCUUCCUUGAUCUGAUGUGUGGACAGGACUACACUAUGGUGGUGCUGGCUAACCACGACAGCUGUGUCAGCCUGGCCAGCGAGUCCAUCACCACUACCACUUGUAAGAACACCAGCACACUGGUAACCUUGAAAAACGAUCUCGAUCUCUCAGAUCAACCAACCAAGAACCUUUUAUCAGACAGUUAUGAAGCCUCAUUCACUGUAAUUCACUAAUAAUGGUUAACUAAACCCAUCUCUCUCUCUCUAAAACAUAUACACAACAACGUGUUUCUCUCUCUCCUCCCCCUCCAGUCCCCUGCCGUCACACUGGCCUGCAGGCCUCUCUGGACUGCAGCACCAACACAGCUCAGAUCUCUUGGACGUCUGGUAAUGGCAUUCUGAUCUACAAAGCCUUGGCCGAGGGCUUUGACAUCAAACACCAGCUCACCUGCUCCAGCCCCGGCUCCGGCUGCAAUAUCAGCAAGCUGCAGUGUGGAGAGAGCUACAGGGUCAGCGUCAGGGGAGAGGGACGCACUUGCCCCAGCCCCGCCCGCGACUGGGUCAUAGUCAACACAGGUAAAUACAGUCCUACCAUCAUACCAACAGUCCUACCAUCAUACCAACAGUCCUACCAUCAUACCAACAGUCCUACCAUCAUACCAACAGUCCUACCAUCAUACCAACAGUCCUACCAUCAAACAUCUACACACACCUACAUACAUGCAUAACCCAAUACUGUACAUCCAAAGACCAACUCAAUCGCACACAAAAGCCUGGCAAACUACUUGAGUAAACCCCUAAACUCAGAUCGUGAAAUCCUUCACACACUCCGUACUGACACAUCCUCGUCUCCCCUCUCCCUUCUCUCCUCAGCUCCCUGCCCCCCUACGGCCCUCAGCGUUCAGUCCUCCUGCAGCUCCGACAACAUCUCUGUCUCCUGGGCAGCAUCCCAUGGUUCCGUCUCCUACACGGCUGUCGCCGAGAGCAAUGAGGGCCACUGGUUGUCAUGUAACACCAGCACAACAGCGUGUGAUAUCUCAGGACUGUUGUGUGGACAGGAGUACGAGGUCUACGCUGCCGGAGUGGAUGACAGCUGUGUAGGAGCCAAGAGCAACAUCCACAUUGUCCAUACUGGUGGGUGUUUUUCUGAAGACUGGGACAAGAUCUUGGGAUACAAAAAUCCCACCACUUGUCACUGUCCACUUCUUACUGUUAAGAACACAUCAUAACACAGCUAUAUUAUUGGAACAGAUACUGUACAGCUCUUUCAAAUAAACUUUGGAUCCAACAUACAAUUCAAUAGACAAUCCCUUUGGUGAUCCCCCUCUCUGACCUCUGACCCUCCUCUUUCUCCUCCCAGCUCCCUGUGUUCCCACGGAUGUCCAGAACGACCUGGACUGUCUAUCAGGUGUCCUCACCAUCACCUGGCAACAAAGCGGCGACACCCCCAACCACUACCACGCCGAACUGACGAGCGGCGAGGGUUUGCUGACCGUGUGCGACACGAAUGUGACCACGUGCGUGGUUCCCAGAAUGCAGUGCGGUCUGACCUACAGUGUUGUGGUGGUGGCUCACGACAAUGCGUGCAACAGCUCCUACAGCCCCGCACAGCAAGUCACAGCAGGUAGGACUCACCUCUGGUCAAUACUUAUUGGCCAUACAUAGAAAUAGUGGCAUUCAAGAAUAUAAUGAUGAUGACUAGAUAAAUUGAUAUUUCCUUGAGAUGCAUCAUAAAGUACUUAUAAUAAUCCUUCUACACUACAUUACCAAAAGUAUGUGGACACCUGCUCAUCAAACAUCUUAUUCCAAAAUCAUGGGCAUUAAUAUGGAGUUGGUCCACCCUUUGCUGCUAUAACAGCCUCCACACAGCUUUCCACUAGAUGUUGGAACAUUGCUGCAGAGACUUACUUCCAUGCAGCCACAAGGGCAUUAGUGAGGUUGGGCACUGAUGUUGGGCGAUUAGGCCAGGCUCGCAGUCGGCGUUCCAAUUCAUCCCAAAGGUGUUCAAUGGGGUUCUGGGUUCUGUGCAGGCCAGUGAAGUUAUUCCAUACCGAUCUCGACAAACCAUUGCCACAAAGUUGGAAGCACAGAAUCAUCUAGAAUGUAAUUGUAUGCUGUAGUGUUAAGAUUUCCCUUCACUGGAACUAAGGGGCCUAGACCAAAUCAUGAAAAAAAAACACCCCAGACCAUUAUUCCUCCUCCACCAAACUUUACAGUUGGCACUAUGCAAUCGGGCAGGUAGCGUUCUCCUGGCAUCCUCCAAACCCAGAUUUGACCGUCGGACUGCCAGAUGGUGAAGCGUGAUUCAUCACUCCAGAGAAUGCGUUUCCACUGCUCCAGUGUCCAAUGGCGGCGAGCUUUACACCACUCCAGCCAACGCUUGGCAUUGCGCAUGGUGAUCGCGCAUGGUGAUCUUAGGCUUGUGUGCGGCUGCUCGGCCAUGGAAACCCAUUUCAUGAAGCUCCCGACAAACAGUUAUUGUGCUGACGUUGCUUCCGGAGGCAGUUUGGAACUCGGUAGUGAGUUUUGAAACCGAGGACAGACGACUUUUAUGCGCUACGCACUUCAGCACUCGGCAGUGCCGUUCUGUGAGCUUGUGUGGCCUACCAUUUCACGGCUGAGCCAUUGUUGCUCCUAGAUGUUUCCACUUCACAAUAACAGCACUUACAGUUGACCGGGGCAGCUCUAGCAGGACAGAAAUUUGACGAACUGACUUGUUGGAAAGGCGGCAUGCUAUGACAGUGCCACGUUUAAAGUCACUGAGCUCUUCAGUAAGGCCAUUCUACUGCCAAUGUUUGUCUAUGGAGAUUGCAUGGCUGUGUGCUCGAUUUUAUACACCUGUCAGCAACGGGUGUGGCUGAAAGCCGAAUCCACUCAUUAGAAGGGCUGUCCACAUACUUUUGUAUAUAUACAGUGCCUUGCAAAAGUAUUCAUUCCCCUUGGCGUUUUUCCUAUUUUGUUGCAUUACAACCUGUAAUUUAAAUGGAUUUUUAUUUGGAUUUCAUGUAAUGGACAUACACAAAAUAGUCCAAAUUGGUGAAGUGGAAUGAAAAAAAUAACUUGUUUCAAAAUAUUCUAAAAAAUAAAUAACGGAAAAGUGGUGCGUGCAUAUGUAUUCACCCCCUUUGCUAUGAAGCCCCUAAAUAAAAUGUGGUGCAACCAAUUGCCUUCAGAAGUCACAUAAUUAGUUAAAUAAAGUCCACCUGUGUGCAUUCUAAGUGUCACAUGAUCUCAGUGUAUAUAUACACACCUGUUCUGAAAGGCCCCAGAGUCUGCAACACCACUAAGCAAGGGGCACCACCAAGAAAGUACAUAUCAGGGUUGGGUUAAAAAAAGCACCAUUAAAUCCAUUAAUAAAAAAUGGAAAGAAUAUGGCACCACAACAAACCUGCAAAGAGAGGGCCGCCCACCAAAACUCACGGACCAAGCAAGGAGGGCAUUAUUCAGAGGCCAAAAAUAACCCUGAAGGAGCUGCAAAGCUCCACAGCGGAGAUUGGAGUAUCUGUCCAUAGGACCACCUUAAGCCGUACACUCCACAGAGCUGGGCUUUACGGAAGAGUGGCCAGAAAAAAGCCAAUGCUUAAAGACAAAAUAAGCAAACACAUUUGGUGUUCGCCAAAAGGCAUGUGGGAGACUCCCCAAACAUAUGGAAGAAGGUACUCUGAUCAGAUGAGACUAAAAUUGAGCUUUUUGGCCAUCAAGGAAAACGCUAUGUCUGGCGCAAACCCAACACCUCACAUCACCCCGAGAACAACAUGUUUUUCAUCGGCAGGGACUGGGAAACUGGUCAGAAUUGAAGGAAUGAUGGAUGGCGCUAUAUACAGGGAAAUUCUUGAGGGAAACCUGUUUCAGUCUUCCAGAGAUUUGAGACUGGGACGGAGGUUCACCUUCCAGCAGGACAAUGACCCUAAGCAUACUGCUAAAGGAACACUCUAGUGGUUUAAGGGGAAACAUUAAAAUGUUUUGGAAUGGCCUAGUCAAAGCCCAGACCUCAAUCCAAUUGAGAAUCUGUGGUAUGACUUAAAGAUUGCUGUACACCAGCAGAACCCAUCCAACUUGAAAGAGCUGGAGCAGUUUUGCCUUGACGAAAGUUCUGUUUUUCUGUCUUAUUUCUUGUGUCACAAUAAAAAAUGUGAAUAGGGGGGUGAAUACUUUCGCAAGCCACUGUAGUGUAUCUUCACUUCUCUUCUCUCUUCACCUCUUCUUCUCUUCUCUACUCUCUUCUGUUCUCUUCUACCCCCUCUCAGCUCCCUGCCCUCCAGAUGCAGUCAGUGCCGUGGUGGACUGUGCCACCAACAUUGUCACGGUAACCUGGGACAACAGCGUUGCCAAGGUGCUGUACACAGUUACUGCUGAAUGUCCCAGUGGUCAGCACUACACCUGCAAUGUCACGGGAAUGGGCUGUGACCUCAGCACCCUGUCAUGUGGCACAGAGUACAAUGUGACUGUCACCCCGUCACUCGGCGGCUGUGUCGGUGUCAACACACCGUCUCAGCUGGUCAAGACAGGUAGGGAUCAAUCAAUUAGUAAAUCAGUUAAUGUCUGUAAUUACAUGUCAGUUAAAUGUCUGUAAAUCUGCACAAAUACUCAUGAACCCGACACACACACAAAGACACAGACACACUGCUCUCUCUCUCCUUCUAGCGCCCUGCGUACCCCGCCUCACCGAGGUGGUGAUGGACUGUCUAUCAGAUUCCGCCUGGGUGAAGUGGGAGGAGUCGGCGGGCGCCGAGCUUUACGUUGCCGUGGCGACGGACAGCCAAGGGCAGACGUUUGAGUGCAACACAACUGACAUUAACACGUGCGCUGUGCCAGACCUGCACUGCGGACAUCACUUUACCUUUACCCUCACCGCCUCAGACCAACAGUGCUCCAGCGCACCUAGCAACACUGUGGUGUCCGAGACAGGUGAGAGACUGUCGUACUUGAAGCAUGAGGGUUGUUAACAUUUAUAUUAAAGUAGCUAAAAUAGAUAUGUAGCAGUAUAUUGUCCUAGUGAAAUUUCUACACUGCUCAAAAAAAUAAAGGAAACACUUAAACAACACAUCCUAGAUCUGAAUGAAUGAAAUAAUCUUAUUAAAUACUUAUUUCUUUACAUAGUUGAAUGUGCUGACAACAAAAUCACACAAAAAUUAUCAAUGGAAAUCAAAUUUAUCAACCCAUGGAGGUCUGGAUUUGGAGUCACCCUCAAAAUUAAAGUGGAAAACCACACUACAGGCUGAUCCAACUUUGAUGUAAUGUCCUUAAAACAAGUCAAAAUGAGGCUCAGUAGUGUGUGUGGCCUCCACGUGCCUGUAUGACCUCCCUACAACGCCUGGGCAUGCUCCUGAUGAGGUGGCGGAUGGUCUCCUGAGGGAUCUCCUCCCAGACCUGGACUAAAGCAUCUGCCAACUCCUGGACAGUCUGUGGUGCAACGUGGCGUUGGUGGAUGGAGCGAGACAUGAUGUCCCAGAUGUGCUCAAUUUGAUUCAAGUCUGGGGAACAGGCGGGCCAGUCCAUAGCAUCAAUGCCUUCCUCUUGCAGGAACUGCUGACACACUCCAGCCACAUGAGGUCUAGCAUUGUCUUGCAUUAGGAGGAAUCCAGGGCCAACCGCACCAGCAUAUGGUCUCACAAGGGGUCUGAGGAUCUCAUCUCGGUACCUAAUGGCAGUCAGGCUACCUCUGGCGAGCACAUGGAGGGCUGUGCGGCCCCCCAAAGAAAUGCCACCCCACACCAUGACUGACCCACCGCCAAACCGGUCAUGCUGGAGGAUGUUGCAGGCAGCAGAACGUUCUCCACGGCGUCUCCAGACUCUGUCACGUCUGUCACAUGUGCUCAGUGUGAACCUGCUUUCAUCUGUGAAGAGCACAGGGCGCCAGUGGUGAAUUUGCCAAUCUUGGUGUUCUCUGGCAAAUGCCAAACGUCCUGCACGGUGUUGGGCUGUAAGCACAACCCCCACCUGUGGACAUCGGGCCCUCAUACCACCCUCAUGGAGUCUGUUUCUGACCGUUUGAGCAGACACAUGCACAUUUGUGGCCUGCUGGAGGUCAUUUUGCAGGGCUCUGGCAGUGCUCCUCCUUGCACAAAGGCGGAGGUAGCGGUCCUGCUGCUGGGUUGUUGCCCUCCUACGGCCUCCUCCACGUCUCCUGAUGUACUGGCCUGUCUCCUGGUAACGCCUCCAUGUUCUGGACACUACGCUGACAGACACACAAACCUUCUUGCCACAGCUCGCAUUGAUGUGCCAUCCUGGAUGAGCUGCACUACCUGAGCCACUUGUGUGGGUUGUAGACUCCGUCUCAUGCUACCACUAGAGUGAAAGCACCGCCAGCAUUCAAAAGUGACCAAAACAUCAGCCAGGAAGCAUAGGAACUGAGAAGUGGUCUGUGGUCACCACCUGCAGAACCACUUCUUCAUUGGGGGUGUCUUGCUAAUUGCCUAUAAUUUCCACCUGUUGUCUAUUCCAUUUGCACAACAGCAUGUGAAAUUUAUUGUCAAUCAGUGUUGCUUCCUAAGUGGACAGUUUGAUUUCACAGAAGUGUGACUGACUUGGAGUUACAUUGUGUUGUUUAAGUGUUCCCUUUAUUUUUUUGAAAAGUGUAUUUUGUUGAUGGCAUUUUUCACAGUGUUUGGUUGCUACCACCUGUGAACUGUAUACUGUAUGUGCACCUCACUGAACCUCUCUGUUUCUCCCCCCGUCCUCAGCCCCUUGCCCUCCCCAAGACAUGCAGACCAAGGUGGGUUGUGGGAACAAUACGGUGAGUGUGUCCUGGACCCCCAGCAUGGGAGCUCUGAUGUACACAGCCACCCUGGAGCACACAGACAGAGAAACCACCUUCUGCACCACUGAUGGCACAGGAUGUGACAUCACACAGCUGCCCUGCGGAGCGAUGUACGUCCUGGUGGUGACCGCAGAGGGACGCACCUGUAACACCUCCCAGAGCAUGCAGACCUUCGUCAGAACAGGUACACACACACUCACAGACGUUUUUCUAUCCUUGUGAGGAUCUUGACGAAACACCUACUAACGGAGGACCAACGUAUCUAUCUCACACAUAUUAAAACACAUACACACACCUCCUAAAAUUUACAUAAAAAAAACAACAUUUAAGUCAUUUAGCAGAUGCUCUUAUCCAGAGCGACUUACAAAUUGGUGCAUUCAACUUAGGAUAGCAACCACUCCCUUUUUUUUUUUUAAUGGGGAGGGUGGGGUAGAAGGAUUACUGUUAUACUAUUCCAGGUAUUCCUUAAAGAUGUAGGGUUUCCAGUGUCUCCGGAAGGUGGUCAGUGACUCCGCUGUCCUGGCGUCGUGUGGGAGCUUGUUCCACCAUUGGGGUGCCAGAGCAGCGAAUAGCUUUGACUGGGCUGAGCGGGAACUGUGCUUCCGUAGAGGUAGGGGGGCUAGCAGGCCAGAGGUGGAUGAACGUAGUGCCCUCAUUUGGGUGUAGGGUCUGAUCAGAGCCUGAAGGUAAGGAGGUGCCGUUCCCCUCACAGCUCCGUAGGCAAGCACCAUGGUUUUGUAGUAGAUGCGAGCUUCAACUGGAAGCCAGUGGAGUGUGCGGAGGAGCGGGUGACAUGAGAGAACCUGGGAAGGUUGAACACCAGACGGGCUGCAGCGUUCUGGAUAAAUUGUAGGGGUUUAAUGGCACAGGCAGGGAGCCCAGCCAACAGCGAGUUGCAGUAAUCCAGACGGGAGAUGACAAGUGCCUGGAUUAGAACCUGUGCCACUUUCUGUGUAAGGUGGUGUCGUACUCUGCAAAGUCUUUUGCCACUCCACUGUCAGAGCUAUUAGAAUGUCAUUUUGUAGUCAAAACAGUUACAUGUCUGACACAGACAGAGUACGUAUUAAGAAGUAGUAUGGGUACUCAACACUUCAUAUCCCAUUAUAAACAUCUCUCAGUCAAGACUUUACAGUGUUGCUGAAUGAAAGUGACUUUAGUGCUAUUCUUCCCCACAGUCCCCUGCACACCCCAGCGUCUGCAGGCUAGUGUGAUCUGCAGCAGUAAUGUGGCCAAUAUGACGUGGAACAUCAGCCGUGGGGGUCAGCUCUACUCUGUGGAGGCUACCGGCACCGACGGCCACGUUGCAGGAUGCAUGUCCCAUGAGAGCCGCUGUGACCUCACCGGCCUGCACUGUGGCCAGCACUACACCACCACCGUGGUGGCACGAGACAACGACUGCACCAGCCCUGUGAGUGACACCGUGGAGCUUAAGACAGGUGAGCUCACAACACACAUAUGGGAAAAUGUAGCGGCACUUUAUAAGCAUAGAUAUUCAGAAACACACACAGCAAUGUAACAAAAUCCAGCCCAUUGCCUCUAAGAAUGGUGAACAGUCAUACAACACGCAUACACUGCAAAGUAUACCUUGCACUAAGCCCUUACGUAUCACCCUAAACCUAACCAUGUCCCUGUCUAUCCCUCUACCCCUCCAGUACCCUGCAUUCCUGCCCGUGUGUCCACUGUGAUGGACUGUGCUGCCAACGCCAUGUCUGUGUCGUGGUCUAAGAGCUUGGGGGCUGACUCAUACAUAGCCACCCUGCAGGACAGCGACGGAAGCUCCAUCACCUGCCAGGCCCUGAGUGGAGCAGCCUCCUGUAACGUCACCGCACUCAGCUGUGGUCAGACCUACCAUGUCACUGUAGCUGCCUCCGACGGAUCCUGCAGCAGCCCAUCUACUGAUGUUACCGACACACACGCAGGUAGGAAGGGAGUCUUUCACACACAUUCCCUCUAUCUAGAGGGACCCAUACUUAGGUCAGUCUGUAGUCAAACAUCCAUUUUCCUGAAUAUCACCAAAGGCUCCAUUUUAGGGCCUGUUUUGUUCACCAUUUAUAUCAAUGUUAUAGGCAAAGCAUUGAAAAACUGUAAACUUAACCUAUAUUACUUGUAUUUGCACUAACUUAGUCUACUCUCAUCCUCUAUCCUUCUCUCUCUCCCACCAGCCCCCUGUGCACCUCGUAACAUAGAGACAGUAAUGGACUGCGAGGCCCGUGUUGCCAUGGUGUCCUGGUCUAUGAGUAGCGGGCCUGUGUCCUACGUGGCUACAGCCACCACCCUGUCCGGCCACGCAGUCACCUGUGAGACCAGCAACACCUUCUGUGAGCUGGGAGGCCUGGCCUGCGGAGAGAGCUACUCUGUGUCUGUACAGGCCCAGGGAGAGAGCUGCAGCAGCAUGGCUACCAUGACAGGACAACUGGUCACUGGUGAGUUGAUGCUUCCUCCAUGUUACUGUAUAUCACCCUGAUAUAAAAUACUUUAGAAUGUAAUGAUAUAUACCGUAACUGCCAAAAUAAAGGAAAUACCAACAUGAAGUGUCUUAAUAGGGCAUUGGGCCACCACGAGCCAGAACCGCUUCAAUGCACCUUGGCUUAGAUUCUACAUGUGUCUGGAACUCUAUUAGAGGGAAGCAACACUAUUCUUCCACAAGAAAUUCCAUCAUUUGGUGUUUUGUUGAUGGUGCUGGACAACGCUGUAGUGCUGAGCGAUUAACUGACAUUUGUUAUUUUUCGUUUUUUAAACAACUAAUUGACCGACGUCAGUUAAAUUAUUUGAAUUCCACUUCGCUCUGUUUUUUUUCAGUGAGCUCGAUGUGCAGAUCAAGCCUGAACUGUGCGAUGUAGUAGAGAGUUGUAGUUUUCAACAGGCUAAUAUUCUACACAGUUUAGUACAGAAAACGUGGUAAUUAACUACAAUGACCAUAAUCCACUGCAUGUCCACUUACUGUGAUGAGGUGUGAAUGAAGGAGUCAGGCGCAGGAGGUAAAACACCAAAGUCCAGAGUUUAUUCUGUUUACAUAUAAAACGCACCAAGCGUCAAUACGAAACUAUCACAAGGGAAAUAUUCCACCUUGGCAGUAACAAAUGGAAGAGUAGCUCAACCGAGCUACUCGCUCUCACAAUGAAACAAUUACUCACAAAGACAAGGGGAACAGAGGGAACACUUAUACACAUACUAAUUAGGGGAAUGAGCACCAGGUGUGUGUGAUUGACAAGACAUGACAAGUGGAGUGAUGAGAAUGGGAUCGGCAGUAGCUAGUAAGCCGGUGACGACGAACGCCGAAACCUGCCCGAACAAGGAGGGGAGGCAGCCUCGGCGGUAGUCGUGACAGUACCCCACCCCCUUGACGCGCGGCUCCAGCAGAGCGCCGACCCCGGCCUCGGGGACGGCCAGAAGGACGCGGAGCAAGGCAAGUCGGAUGGCAACGGUGGAAAUCCCUCAACAGGGAGGGAUCGAGGAUAUCCCUCCUUGGGACCCAGCACCCAGCACCCACAUUGGUGCCACGUUGCCAGGACCGGUUGGUAACCCAAAACACAUUGGAAGGGUGUUAGGUUAGUAGAGGAGUGGCGGAGAGAGUUCUGAGCGUAUUCUGCCCAUGGCAGGAACACCAACCACUCCCCCGGCCGGUCCUGACAGUAGGUCCGCAGGAACCUACUCACAUCUUGAUUCACCCUUUCCACCUGCCCAUUACUCUCUGGGUGAAAUCCAGAGGUCAGGCUGACCGAGACCCCCAGACGUUCCAUGAACACCUUCCAGACUCUCUGGGGACCUCGGUCGGACACUAUAUCCUCUGGUACCCCGUAGUGCCGGAAGACGUGAGUAAACCGAGCCUCCGCAGAUUGUAGGGCCGUGGGGAGACCGGGCAGAGGAAGGAGGCGGCAUGACUUCGAAAAGCGAUCCACAACGACCAGGAUAGUGGUGUUACCUUGGGAGAGGGGAAGAGCAGUAAGAAAAUCAAUACUAAGGUGGGACCAUGGUCGUUGUGGAACUGGUAAAGGUUGUAGCUUACCCGCUGGGAGGUGCCUAGGUGCCUUACUCUGGGCACACACUGAGCAGGAGGAAUACUACCGGCGCCACAAUGCAUGAGGCCAGGAGUAUGGGGGUAUUGUCUCUGGGCCUCUCCUCUGUGUCAUACAGCCGAGACAGUGCGUCUGCCUUAACGUUCUUCGUACCCGGGAUGUAUGAUAGAGUGAAAUCAAACUGGGUGAAGAAUAGGGCCCACCUGGCCUGGCGAGGAUUCAGCCUCCUCGCUACCCGAAUGUACUCCAGGUUACGGUAGUCUGUCCAGACGAGGAAAGGGUGUUUCGCCCCUUCGAGCCAAUGCCUCCACACCAUCAACGCUUGGACAACAGCCAGCAGCUCCCGAUCACCAACACCGUAGUUCUGCUCUGCCUAGCUGAGCUUCUUCGAAAAGAAGGCACAGGGGCGGAGCUUGGGUGGCGUGCCCGAGCGUUGGGAUAAGACAGCGCCUAUCCCUACCUCGGACGCAUCCACCUCCACUACCAACGGUAGUGAUGAAUCGGGGUGAGCCAGUACCGGGGCUGAGGUGAACAGACCCCGCAAUCUACUGAAGGCCAAAUCAGCCUCAGCAGACCAGCGGAGCCGGGACGGCCCACCCUUCAACAAGGAGGUAAUGGGAGCUGCGACCUUGCCAAAGCCCUGAAUAAACCUCUGAUAGUAGUUGGCAAAGCCAAGGAAGCGCUGCACCUCCUUCACCGUGGUUGGAGUCGGCCAAUUACGCACGGCUGAAAUGCGAUUUCCCUCCAUCUCCACACCUGUGGUAGUAAUGCGGUAUCCGAGGAAGGAGAUUGACUGCUGGAAAAACUCUCACACUUCUCAGCCUUGGCAUAAAGAUAAUUCUCCAGCAGUCGGACCAGUACCUUGCGAACCAGGGACACAUGCUCGGCGCGUGUAGCGGAAUACACCAGGAUGUCAUCGAUGUAGACCACCACACCGCGACCAAGCAUGUCCCGAAACAACUUGUUCACAAAGGACUGGAAAAUGGAUGGAGCAUUCAUCAAACCGUAGGGCAUCACCAGGUAUUCAUAAUCCCCCGAGGUUGUGCUGAAUGCGGUUUUCCACUCAUCCCCUUCCCGAAUACGCACCAGGUUGUAGGCACUCCUGAGGUCUAAUUUGGUGAAAAAACGGGCCCCAUGCAUUGACACAAUCACUGAAGGAAUGACGAGAAGAGGAUAACUAAAUCGUACAGUCACCUUAUUCAGUGGUCGAUAAUCAAUGCACGGGCGUAAACCGCCAUCUUUCUUCAUCACAAAGAAGAAACUCGAGGAAGCAGGUGAAGUGGAGGGACGUAUAUACCCCUGGCGCAGGGACUCUGUGACGUAUGUUUCCAUAGCCUCUGUUUCAGCCUGUGACAGAGGAUACACAUGACUCCUGGGAGAUACAGCAUCUACCCGAAGGUUUAUCGCGCAAUCCCCCUCCCGAUGAGGUGGUAAUUUAGUCGCUUGCGUCUUGGAAAACGCGAGUGCCAGAUCAUGGUAUUCGGGGGGAAUGCGCACGGUGGGGGUGCCGUCUGGACUUUCCACCGUGGUUGCACCAACGGAAAAACCUAGACACCUACCCGGACACUCACGCGACGACCCCGUAAGAACCCUCUACUCUGAUGGGGAGUGGAAUGGAUAGGGGAACCAAUUAAAUGCCUUGACGUCGUGCAAAUGCCCUGUCCAUAAAGUUCCCAGCUGCGCCUGAAUCGACUAGCGCCUUACACUGGGGAAACUACCAGGUGAUUGGGAAAGGAGAUAGAUAAGGUACAGUGCGCCGCAAAGGGCUCUGAACAAUUUUGGGUGUUCGUUACCUGGGGUGAUGCGUGAGUACCCUGCCUACCGCCUCCAGACCCAAAAGAACGUUGACUGCGAUGUGAGGUGGAAUGUCCCUUCGUUCCACCAGAGUGGCACUGUCACUGUCCUCCUGCGCUCUCUCGACCGGCGGCUCCCCCCAGCUCCAUCUGCUCAGGGUCAGAGUCGUCCGGAGUGGGAACGGGCAGACCCCUACCAGGAUGUCCUCUGGCUGCUAGCAGAUUGUCCAGCCGGAUGGCCAUGUCCACCAGUUGGGAGAACGAUUGCAUGGCAUCACGGCAGGCUAGCUCCCGUCGGACGUCCUCCCUUAGGUGGCACCGGAAAUGGUCGAUCAGGGCCCGCUCGUUCCACCCGGACCCCGCUGCCAGCGUCCGGACCUCCAGCGCGUAGUCCUGAGCGGUCCUCGUCCCCUGCCUCAGAUGGACCAGUAGUUCGCCCGCCUCUCGACCCUCAGGCAGGUGAUCAAAAACGGCCCGAAAGAGGUGAGCAAACUCUCCGUAGUUCUCCAACGCGGCACCUCCCUCGUUCCACACCGCGUUGGCCCACUCCAGGGCUCUCCCACAAAGGCAGGAAACGAGGACGGAUACCUUCUCCCGCUCCAGUGGCGCCGGCCUGAUGCUGGAGAAAUACAACUCUAGUUGGAGCAGAAAUCCCUUACAUCGCACUGCCGUCCCAUCAAACGCCGGUGGUCGGAAUAUCUGGAUCCCUCCAGGGGCUGGGGUGUAGGUGGCUGGAUCCAGUUGACCAGCUGGUCUCGAUAGAUCGGGUCCUCUCCUCUCCAGGCGUUGUACGACCUGAAGAACCCGAUCCAUCGCUUCCACCAAGCUGGCCAGCAUCGAGGAAUGCUCCUGGACCCUUGCCACAACUCCAGGCAUGCGUUCUUCUCCUGCUGACUCCAUUCAGCGGGUGAGUGAUUCUGUGAUGAGGUGUGAAUGAAGGAGUCAGGCGCAGGAGGUAAAACACAGAAGUCCAGAGUUUAUUCCGUUUACAUAUAUAAAACGCACCCAGCGUCAAUACGAAACUAUCACAAGGGAAAUAUUCCACCUUGGCAAUAGCAAAUGGAAGAGUAUACUUGCUCUCACAAUGAAAAAAUCACUCACAAAGACAAGGGGAACACUUAUACACAUACUAAUUAGGGGAAUGAGCACCAGGUGUGUGUGAUUGACAAGACAAGACAUGACAAGUGGAGUGAUGAGAAUGGGAUCGGCAGUAGCUAGUAAGCCGCUGACGACGAAUGCCGAAACCUGCCCGAACAAGGAGGGGAGGCAGCCUCGGCGGAAGUCGUGACACUUACACUUGUCUGUGCGGAGCAGACACGGAGACUGAGAGAAGAAAGAACGCAUGAUCGAGAGGGAAAGAAAGCAGUUGCUUCACAAGUGAUUGAUCGUUGGUAUUCAGCAGUCAUAAAAGUAUGUCUUAUUUACUUAGAAGAACUACUAAAAUAGUGAUUUUGGCAGACAGCAUAAGCAGCAGCUCUAUAGAGAUGAGAUGAUGACUUGGAAUUAAAUAAUAAAGUCAUCAGAUAAAACAAAUGUAAUAUACAGAACAAUUAAUAUUUUAUUAAAGUAAAGUAAUGUGAAUAAAUGAUGGUUGAUAAGUGCUAAGCAGUAAUGGGCAGUCACUGCCAUCAUGGGACUUUUGUUUUAUUCAGUGUUGUUCCAGCAUUCAACCCACAUAAUGCAUAGUGCAUUUAAUGUCUAAAAGAAACAUUGAAACCAAAAUCGAUAAAAGUGAUAAAAAAUAUAAAUAAUCAAACCGAAACCGAACCGACCUCAAAAAUCACUAAUCGCUCAGCACUAAAACACUGUCUCAGGCACCACUCCAGAAUCUCCCAUAAGUGUUUAAUUGGGUUGAGAUAUGGUGACUGAGACGGCCAUGGCAUAUGGUUCACAUAAUUUUCAUGCUCAUCAAACCAUUCAGUGACCACUCGUGCCCUGUGGAUGGAGGCAUUGUCAUCCUAUGGGGGCAUAAUAAUAAUAAUAUAAUAUGCCAUUUAGCAGACGCUUUUAUCCAAAGCGACUUACAGUCGUGCGUGCAUACAUUUUUGUGUAUGGGUGGUCCCGGGGAUCGAACCCACUACCUUGGCGUUACAAGCGCCGUGCUCUACCAGCUGAGCUACAGAGGACCACGUGGCAUAGCCAUGGUAGCCAAAAUAAUGGGCUGCCCAGCAUUUUUAUAUAUGACCCUAAGCAUGAUGGGAAGUUAAUUGCUUAAUUAACUCAGGAACCACACCUGUGUAGAAGCAACUGCUUUCAAUAUACUUUGUAUCCCUCAUUUACUCAAGUGUUUCCAUUAUUUUGCCAGUUACCUGUACACUAAACCUUCUACAUGUGGUAUAAUAUUGCAAUUAGAUCUAUGCGAUGGGACCUCCCCGCUCCCCAGUCUAACCUAUCCUGUCUGUUCUCAGAGCCCUGUGUGCCUAUCCACCUGAGUGCUGAGUACAGCCUAACCAUAGGCCAGGUGUUGUGGGACGUGAGUCAGGGUGCUACCCUGUACAGCGCUGAGGCAGUGACGGAGGAGGGUCACCCUAUUAGCUGCAGCACCAGCGACACCUACUGUCCCCUCUACAACAUGGCCUGUAGCCAGGUGUACAACAUCACUGUCACUGCACACAACAACGUCUGCCAAGGCGUGGCUACGUCCAAGUCUAUCAACCUCAAGACAGGUGAGUCCCUCUCACCUAGCAAUGCACGGCACAUAAUAAUGUAUCAUUGCCCUCCCAUAAUAUCCCACCCAUCUAGAAUAACACAAAGAACAGUAUAAUGUACUGUACCACUGUGGCUACUGGAUACACUCCAAUACCAAUUGCACUCAUAUCUUCAUAUCAUAUUUUCAUUUGAAACAAUAGUUAGAAGUUUAUCGAAGCAGCCACACCAUCUGCACCGUUAACCAUGUGUGUCCCUUGUGUGUUUCAGAGCCCUGUCCUCCCAACAAUGUGGAGACAAGUGUUGACUGCGAGACUGGAACAGGUGCUAUUUCCUGGGAGAUGAGCGUUGGGGCAUUGGGAUACAUGGCGCUCUUCAACGAACAAAAUGGAGCCUCUCUGUCCUGCCACACCAUGGCACACCACACUUCCUGUAGUGUAGAGGGACUGAACUGUGGCACAGUUUACUACGCCCGCGUCAGAGCCCUGGGAGAGACACUUAAUAGCACCGACUCUACCACUGUUCUGCUGGCCUCAGGUCAGUAACAUAGCAAGGAAACAUUCCUUUAGUGGUGAGUACAGUAACACAUCUGAGAUCAGGGACCGUAUGUUUCAAGCAUCUGCUGAUUUAGGAUUAGGUCCCUCGUGUCCAUAUAAUCUUAUUGAUUAUGAUCUAAAAAGGCCAAACUGAUCUUAGAUCAGUACUCUGAAACACUUGAUACAUAAAGCCCCAGUGCAAUUGCCAUUAAGAAAAUCCACUGGAUAUAGUAGACAAUAGAAAAAAAUAUAAAGUACUAAGUGAGUUCCUCCCUUCCCUGUCUCCAGCUCCCUGUGUCCCCGCCAGCGUGAAGGCAGAGGUGGACUGUGAUAACGACUCGGCCCUGGUGACCUGGGGCUGGAGCGAUGGAGCCCAGUCCUACAUCCUCACUGCCAUGGGCAGCGACGGGCACGAGGCCUCCUGCCACACAGAGGAGAACUACUGCAACAUGACCGAGCUGGUCUGCGGUCAGGACUACGACCUCACCCUGACCACCAUCAACCACAACUGCCAGGUGGAGACCAUGACUGGGGUCAGCUUCAGCACACGUGAGUAGAGCGCAGAGACACAGGAUCCUCAAACACUAUUUAUAAAUAGCUGAUUAUUGAGGAAAGUUUUUUUUUUUUUUUUACUUGCAAUGACUGUGAUAUAUGUUGUUGUUUAUCUACCUUAGUUGAAUGCACUGACUGUAAGUCGCUCUGGAUAAGAGCGUCUACUAAAAUACCAAAAUGUUAAUUUAAAAAAUAGAGUUGUGGGCACUAAAUAAUUUGGCUGUGUCACAGAAUUGGCAGAACAAUUGCCGGAUACAUGUGCAACACAGUGCUCUAGCAUCUACAGCGAUAGUGUGUCACAGAAACCUGUACUACGGUGCAGUUCUUUAGUGCCCGCAACUGUAAUGCCUGUAAGGUCAUGUAAAUAAGUUCAACUACUGUACAAACUCUCACAUGGUCUGUAUACCGACUCAAUCUGACCUCUGACCCUUAGGUCCCUGUGCCCCCCUGCAUGUGGGAGUGGACCUGCAGUGUGGGACCCACACUGCCACCUUGUCCUGGGAGCAGAGAGAAGGGCUGCAGUUCUACGUGGCUAGCGCCACCUCCAGGGCUGGAGGAUCUACUGGGUACUGCAACACCAGCAGGUCUAGCUGCCAGUUCCCUGCUCUGGACUGUGGGGAGACCUACAGCUUCACUGUGACCGCCCACAGCAGCCUGUGUCAGAGUGAACUCAGCAGCACUGUCGUGAUCAAGACAGGUAAGACUUUUCUCUUGGUCCUUCUAUGUCAAUCUACCUGUCAAUCCCCUACACUUCUACAAUCUCUCACUGUUGUCAUGUCCCUCUUGUAUGUGCCUUAUGUUGCACAAUUCUGUGUACGUUUGAUCAAUUACCCCCCUCCCAGUGCUGACAAUUCUAUGAUCAAAGAACAAAAGGUACAUCAAUUUAUGUAGCAUAAUUGUUCAUGCUAUCAACAAUUCUAAAUUCAAUUCAAUAAAGUCACCAAACCAAAACUUCCCCUUUACCUCCGUAGAACCUUGCCAGCCAGACCAGGUGACAGCUACAGGGCCUUGUGACAGUGAGACAACGGUGGUUGUGGCGUGGGCCGAGGCCGAGGGGGCGGCGGUCUACGUGGUGACGGCCAUGGGAGACCUGGGAUACAUGACAGCGUUCCAGACCAAUGACAGCAGCCUGGAGGCGGAGCUGCCCUGCGGACAGACCUACAGCUUCACUGUGAUUGGCCAGGACGAAAGUUGUGAUAGUCCAAUCAGUGAUGCUGCAGAGUUCAGGACUGGUACGUGGAGAUAUUUUAUUACUUCACAGAAAUACACUCCUUAUGUUUAGUGUUAAGUAAAGCAGGCUACGUAUAAUCUACUAUCAUGCUAUGCAUCUCAUGAUCUAGCCUAUGUCUGUGCAGGUGCACAGCUCAAUUCAGUGUCUCCAUGUGUGGGUCUUGAUUAUGGAAGCAGAUUCAUGCCAAAACAAAUCCUUUGCAUGAAUCUGUUUACAUCCCCUGUCUCCUCCUCCAGCUAUGACAGUCUGUUGUCUAGGGCCAGGCUAUAUCAGUGUAGUGGAUUGACUGUUGUGUUUAUGUCCCCAGCCCCCUGUGUGCCCCAGCAUGUGGAGAGCUACACUGUGUGUGAGAACAGCCUGGGCUCAGUGAGCUGGGCCGAGAGCGAAGGGGCGGAGUCCUACACCGCUGUCGCCGUCGGAACAGACGGCCACACCCACAUGUGCACCACCAACUCUACCAGCUGCACCUGGGAGGACCUGCACUGUGGAGACCUCUACACCAUCCACGUCAUCUCCAACGACUACCUGUGCAGUAGCUCCCCUAGCAACAGCACCACCGUACGCACAGGUAGCCACUACACACCUGCUGGUUCCACACACACAUACUCCUACUCACAGUCAUACCAUUGUCCCAGUUACCUCUUCUCUGUGGCACAGUUUUACCCACGUCUCCCCCAGUGCCCAAAUAUUCAUCCUGUUGGUGUUUAACUGACUUGGUUGUUAUCUUCCACAGCGCCCUGCGUGCCUCAGAACCUGGUGCCCACUCUGGACUGUGGCAGGAGGGUUGGCUCCCUGACCUGGGACCUGAGCCACGGUGCAGACUUCUACAUGGUGACUGCAGAGACCAACGCCGGCCACAAGGUGGAGCUGAGCACCAAUGACACCAACGCUUACAUCUCGGAGUUCCAGUGUGGUCAGGAGUACUUCCUGUCUGUCCAGGCGGUGGAUUCAGAGUGCAGGAGCGCACCCAGCCCCCCUGCAACACUCAGGACAGGUACAUAACAUCACACCCACCCACCCUGCAACACUCAGGACAGGUACAUAACAUCACACCCACCCCCCCUGCAACACUCAGGACAGGUACAUAAUAUCACAUCACACCCACCCCCCCUGCAACACUCAGGACAGGUACAUAAUAUCACCCCCACCCCCCCUGCAACACUCAGGACAGGUACAUAACAUCACACCCACCCCCCCUGCAACACUCAGGACAGGUACAUAAUAUCACACCCACCCCCCCUGCAACACUCAGGACAGGUACAUAAUAUCACACCCACCCCCCCCUGCAACACUCAGGACAGGUACAUAACAUCACACCCACCCCCCCUGCAACACUCAGGACAGGUACAUAAUAUCACACCCACCCCCCCUGCAACACUCAGGACAGGUACAUAACAUCACACCCACCCCCCCUGCAACACUCAGGACAGGUACAUAACAUCACACCCACCCCCCUGCAACACUCAGGACAGGUACAUAAUAUCACACCCACCCCCCCUGCAACACUCAGGACAGGUACAUAACAUCACACCCACCCACCCUGCAACACUCAGGACAGGUACAUAACAUCACACCCACCCCCCCUGCAACACUCAGGACAGGUACAUAAUAUCACACCCACCCCCUCUGCAACACUCAGGACAGGUACAUAAUAUCACACCCAACCCCCCUGCAACACUCAGGACAUGUACAUAACAUCACACCCACCCCCCCUGCAACACUCAGGACAGGUACAUAACAUCACACCCACCCCCCCUGCAACACUCAGGACAGGUACAUAAUAUCACACCCACCCCCCCUGCAACACUCAGGACAGGUACAUAAUAUCACACCCACCCCCCCUGCAACACUCAGGACAGGUACAUAACAUCACACCUACCCCCCCUGCAACACUCAGGACAGGUACAUAAUAUCACACCCACCCCACCCUGCAACACUCAGGACAGGUACAUAAUAUCACACCCACCCCCCCUGCAACACUCAGGACAGGUACAUAACAUCACACCCACCCCCCCUGCAACACUCAGGACAGGUACAUAAUAUCACACCCACCCCCCCUGCAACACUCAGGACAGGUACAUAACAUCACACCCACCCCCCCUGCAACAAUCAGGACAGGUACAUAACAUCACACCCACCCCCCCUGCAACAAUCAGGACAGGUACAUAAUAUCACACCCACCCCCCCUGCAUCAAUCAGGACAGGUACAUAACAUCACACCCACCCCCCCUGCAACACUCAGGACAGGUACAUAACAUCACAUCACACCCACCCCCCCUGCAACAAUCAGGACAGGUACAUAACACCACACCCACCCCCCCUGCAACACUCAGGACAGGUACAUAACAUCACACCCAGCCCACCUGCACAACAGAUGUCAUACAUACACUCUGUGUAGACCAAUGAGUUACAGACCGGUACUGUGACAGGUGCUACACUGUUAUUUAGCACACCAGUAUACCCAUAAACAAACGCAGGUUGCCAUUUAUUGGGAUGAAUCUUGUCCUGGAAGCAGCUCUGCAGGGUGGUCACUAGCUGGCCUAGCCACAAAGUCAUAAACCUAACCCUAAACGUAACCACAGAGCUAACCUUAUGCCUAACCCUAAAUUAAGAACAAAAAGCACAUUUUUGUUUUCAUGGAUUUUUUACAAUAUAGCCAAUUUUGACUUUGUGGCUGGCCCAUCAAGCGGAAACCGCUCAGCUCUGACUCCAGAACAAUAUUAAUCCCAAUAAAUGUCAACCUGCUAAACAAACAUGUCCACUUUCACCAAGCACACCUGUAUGCCUUCUUAAAGAUUUUAAUCUGUGCGUAUUCUUUUCAUCUUCCCUCCUUCAGAGCCCUGCACUCCCACCUCCAUCUCUAGCGCAAUGGACUGUCUCUCCAACAUCGCCGUGGUAAUGUGGGCAGUGUCCGAGGGCGGAGCCGAGUACUACACUGCCACGGUGGAACACGAGGACGGCCAAUCAAAGAGCUGCAUGUCGUCCAGCUUCCAGUGCGGCAUGCCCAACCUGCGCUGUGGCCAGAAUUAUACCGUUACCGUCACCGCAUCCAACCAACACUGUCACUCCGACCCCAGUGUCGUCAACACCCUGACCACAGGUGAGACAGACCACCAGACACUUCAACAGAAGAGAGAGAGACCAGACUAGCACAAGAGAGGUCCUUGCACCACUAACUAACAAACAGACCAUGCUAACCCGUGAUAGAAAUAAACAUGUCAGAAAUAAACAUAUCACAUAUGGACCAGAGACCAGAGACCAGGCAGGGUACAGAGGUCUCUGAAUCCACAUCCAAAGGCUACCAAAACGCAAAUUUUCCCUCUGAAAAGAUGAACCCUUCUCGGUCCAUCUCCACAGUUCCCUGUGUCCCUACCCAUGUUGUGGCCGUGAUGGACUGUUCUGACAACACAGCCGCAGUGACCUGGAGCCCCAGCCAAGGCGCGCUGUCCUACAGAGCCAUGGCUCAGAGCCCCCGCGGCCUCGACUCCUCCUGCGAGAGCGCUGACCCACAAUGCACCCUGGCCAACCUGAUCUGCGGAGUGCCCUACACCGUGCAGGUGGUGGCGGUGGACGAGAGCUGCUCCAGCCUGCCCAGCCACAUGGCAGAGUUCCAGACAGGUGAGAUACUGUACACACCUGGUAGUACCUGUACACACCUGGUAGUACCUGUACACACCUGGUAGUACCUGUACACACCUGGUGGUACCUGUACACACCUGGUAGUACCUGUACACACCUGGUAGUACCUGUACACUGUGUACACAGUCAGAUCACAGAGCACAUAGUAGCUCUAACUGUACUCUACAACAGGUCAAACAGCCCAGGUUGAUACUGUAGAAAUUCAGACUGAAGGAAAUAUCACCUCAUCUCACCUAAACACCUUCUAUAUAAUUCUCUAAUUUCCGGUAGGUCUUCCACACUCUAGUGUCUACCAGUGUACCAUUCUCCCUGUAUCACUUUCCCACUCAUUCGAACGCUCCUCUCCCCUGCAGUCCCCUGUACCCCUGAGAUCACUGCGGUCCUCCUGGACUGCUACACAGACUCAGCUCUGCUGGAGUGGGCCUACGCUGAGGGAGCUGUGUCCUACACCGCCACGGCCCAAUCCGGGCAUGAAUUUACAGCCACCUGCAACACAAACCACACCAACUGUGAACUUAUGGAGCUAGCCUGUGGACAGACAUUCACUGUCACCUUGAGGGCAUCUGAUGGCCAGUGUGACAGCUUCCAGAGCCCCAGCGUGGAAGUGUCAUCAGGUGAGUUAACUAUACUAGACACAACAAGUGUCUCAUUAUAUAAUGCAGAUGCCAGAAGGAGACAAUUAUGCGAGAGAUAUCACUGAUACAGCAUACUGUAAUAACUGAUCGGCAUCGAGUUGAAAAUUAUUAGUAUAUUCCUCAUCCCCUAUUGAUAGCAUACAGUUCUCAUUUCAAGUGAACGCAUCAUAAAAGUUAACGUUAGCAAUGUGAUUAAUGGUCUCUCUCUCUCCUCCUCUCCUCUCCCUUCCCAGUCCCCUGUCCUCCCCAGGCUGUUGUAUCGCAGCUGGACUGUUUAGCUAACUCAGCCCGUGUUGAGUGGGAGGCCAGCAGUGGAGCAGACUCCUACACCGUCCAGGCUACGAGCAUGGAGGGAGACGUGACCAUCUGCGAGACCGACGGAAACGUCUGUUCCGUAUCGGACCUCAUCUGCGGCUCCAUCUACAACAUCAGUGUCAUCGCCGUAAGCAACGAGUGCAACGUAUCAGAGAGCGCCAUCAUACAGAUGCAGACAGGUUAGUCCCGCCCCUGAUGAUAACCCACCCUCUCCUGUGACCUGUCACCCUCUCAUUCCAACUGUGUGUAUUUAUACUGGAUGUGUAUGGUCUGUGUAACUGUAUACUCGCUCUCCCUCUCUCAGUGCCCUGUGUACCUGAGCAGUUGGAGGCCAAUGUGGACUGUGACUCUGGCUCUGUGUCUGUCUCUUGGGAGCCUAGCAACGGUGCCACCUCCUACACAGCUGUUGCCCAGGGCAACGGUGGCUACGGGUCAUCAUGCAACAGCAGCGACACCUCUUGCCAGUUCCCUGAGCUGCUGUGUGGCCUGUCCUACAGCAUCACCGUCCAAGCCUCUGACGAUGUGUGUAACAGCGCAGACAGCAGUGCCGUACAACUCAACACAUGUAGGUCAUCACUCUACCUCUACAUGUAGCAUUUAGUGCACCUGGACACAGAUUCAUUAUAAUAGAGAACAGCUGGACACACCUACUGGUGGGUAACUUAAUGUAGCCAGACACUCAGCUUCAAUGCAAUUGAUUGAAUGUUUGAGCAACGUUUGGGCAGCAAGCUGCCAUUGUUAGGGUUUCGUCUGGGUCCUCACACACCACAGAUGAUUGACCCAGUAUUUCCAGAGCCCUAUAUUCCCCUCUAACUGGGUGUGUUUUCUGCAGGAGAUUCCUUUCUAACCUCUAACGGUUUCUCUGUGUGCAGUGCUCUGUGAGCCCCAGAAUGUCAGUGCUAAGAUGGAGUGUGGCAGCAACGCUGGCCUGGUGUCAUGGGAACAGGGAGAGUUUGUGUCUUCCUACUUGGUGCGUGCGGUCGGCCCCGACGGCCACUGGACCCAGUGUGCCAGCAACGCCACCAGCUGCAGACUACCCAGGAUGCACUGUGGCCAACGCUACAACCUAACCGUCACAGCCCAGGAUGGGAGGUGUGACAACAGUAACGCAUACCUCACCCUGCAGUCUGGUAGGUUAUUGAUUGAUUGACUGAUUGAUUGAUGAAACUAUCAGUGUCCAUUAACCAAAAGAUGCCACAAUACACAAGAGUACAUCAGAAUACGAAGACAAUUCAAAUGUUCUUACAUUCUCUCUCUCUUUUCAGUCCCCUGUAACCCCACCAAUGUGCAGGCAUCCCUUCAGUGCCUCUCUAACUCUGCGGUGGUGACAUGGGAGCAGGCCAGCGGCGCGGUGUUGUACCAGGCUGUUGGUACAACAGAUGGAGGUCACCAAGCGAUGUGUAACAACAGUCAGACACACUGUGUCCUGAGCGGCCUGCAGUGUGGACAGACCUACAACGUCACUGUGGUCUCUGAGGACGACACCUGCAGCAGCGUAGACAGUGACACGGCACACGUCAGAACAGGUAAAGGGAGAAGUGACCUCUACAGAUUGGUGACCUCUAGUGACACGGCACACGUCAGAACAGGUAAAGGGAGAAGUGACCCCCUUAUAUCAGAUUGGAGUUCUCCUUAUUCAAUCUUGUUCUGAGGGCAGCUCUGCCUUGAUGCAGAAACAAAUGUGACUCCACUAUAGGCAUCCAAACCUCCCGUUGUAAGAAUGCUAUUCCUAUGAUUAUCACUAGCCUCCUCCUCUCUCUCCUCACAGCUCCCUGCCCUUCCCAGGACGUGGCUGUGGAUGUACAGUGUGCUGCCGGCUCCAUGAUGGUCACAUGGAGAGCCAACCCCAACGCCGAAUCCUUCCAUGUGACGGCUGUGACCAGCAGCUCCGCCGACCUGUCAUGUGACUCCAGGGGUCAUCCAAUAAGAACCGGGUGUUCCAUUGAGAACCUUCCGUGUGGAAACAGCUACAGCGUCACGGUUACCUCCAUCAGAGGUGGCUGUAAUAGCAAAGUCAGUGCCGCCGUAGCGGUGUCCUCAGGUAAGACCAGACCACAGGUGACCCCCGCACUGCAUUCAUAGGGUGUUAGACACACACUGUCUCCAGGAGGAACGAGAUUAUUCCAUCCACACCUGUUGUGUAGAACAGAACGGAAAGAAACACUCAUUUUUAUGCGUGUGCUUUUCCCUUUUCUCCAUGGAAGUAGAAAAGUAGAACAGUGGAACAGUAGAACAGUAGAACAGCAAAACCAUAGAACAGUACCAUAAAAACCUUUCUUGCUCUCCUUCCACAGCUCCAUGUGUCCCCCAGAAUGCUAAAGGUAGUCUGGACUGUAUUACUAACUCUGUCUGGGUGUCUUGGGAUGCCUCCAGCGGGGCUCAGACAUACACAGUCAUGGCCAACGGCGGCGGAGGUGUCAACUCCACCUGCACUUCUUCUUCUACUACCUGUAAUGUGCCUGACCUGGCCUGCGGAACCCAGUACACCUUCCAUGUGACUGCUGUCAACACACACUGCCAGAGCUCACCCAGUAAGACCUUCCAGAUCGAGACAGGUACGUUACAUACUGCCAGAGCUCACCCAGUAAUACCUUCCAGAUCGAGACAGGUACGUUACAUACUGCCAGAGCUCACCCAGUAAUACCUUCCAGAUCGAGACAGGUACGUUACACACUGCCAGAGCUCACCCAGUAAUACCUUCCAGAUCGAGACAGGUACGUUACAUACUGCCAUAGCUCACCCAGUAAUACCUUCCAGAUCGAGACAGGUACGUUACACACUGCCAGAGCUCACCCAGUAAUACCUUCCAGAUCGAGACAGGUACGUUACAUACUGCCAGAGCUCACCCAGUAAUACCUUCCAGAUCGAGACAGGUACGUUACACACUGCCAGAGCUCACCCAGUAAUACCUUCCAGAUCGAGACAGGUACGUUACAUACUGCCAGAGCUCACCCAGUAAUACCUUCCAGAUCGAGACAGGUACGUUACACACUGCCAGAGCUCACCCAGUAAUACCUUCCAGAUCGAGACAGGUACGUUACAUACUGCCAGAGCUCACCCAGUAAUACCUUCCAGAUCGAGACAGGUACGUUACACACUGCCAGAGCUCACCCAGUAAUACCUUCCAGAUCGAGACAGGUACGUUACAUACUGCCAGAGCUCACCCAGUAAUACCUUCCAGAUCGAGACAGGUACGUUACACACUGCCAGAGCUCACCCAGUAAUACCUUCCAGAUCGAGACAGGUACGUUACAUACUGCCAGAGCUCACCCAGUAAUACCUUCCAGAUCGAGACAGGUACGUUACAUACUGCCAGAGCUCACCCAGUAAUACCUUCCAGAUCGAGACAGGUACGUUACACACUGCCAGAGCUCACCCAGUAAUACCUUCCAGAUCGAGACAGGUACGUUACAUACUGCCAGAGCUCACCCAGUAAUACCUUCCAGAUCGAGACAGGUACGUUACAUACUGCCAUAGCUCACCCAGUAAUACCUUCCAGAUCGAGACAGGUACGUUACAUACUGCCAUUGCUCACCCAGUAAUACCUUCCAGAUCGAGACAGGUACGUUACAUACUAACUUAUGAUUUUGUGCUCAGACUCAGGUGCAAAUCAAAUUCCGUUCAGUUCAAGGGCAAUAAAAUAUUCAUUUAUAAAUGUCCUCACAGUACUCUUAACUGUCCUAUCUCCAGACUGUUCUCUGGCGGUGUACCGUCUGUGACUCUAUAAAUGAACUACCUUUCUUCUCUUCAGGUCCUUGCGCCCUGAAAACCAUCACCGCGGUGACCACAUGCCAUAGCAGCAGUAUCGUGGUUAGCUGGGAGAAUACAGAGUUAUCUCCAACCAUCGUGGCGACGGCAGAGGGACAAGACCAAUCCAUGUUCACCUGUAACAGCACGUCCACUUCCUGUGAGCUUACGGGAGUGCGCUGCGGCAUGCACUACACCAUCAUCGUCUCCGUCCCCGCCGACAAGUGCAGCACCUUGAGGAGCCCACCCCAAAAUAUCAACACAGGUAGCUAGACCACUCCACCACUAGGACACCUUACUAAUGGUCAACACAGGUAGCUAGACCACUCCACCACUAGGACACCUUACACAUGGUCAACACAGGUAGCUAGACCACUCCACCACUAGGACACCUUACACAUGGUCAACACAGGUAGCUAGACCACUCCAUUACUAGGACACCUUACUAAUGGUUAACACAGGUAGCUAGACCACUCCACCACUAGGACACCUUACACAUGGUCAACACAGGUAGCUAGACCACUCCACCACUAGGACACCUUACACAUGGUCAACACAGGUAGCUAGACCACUCCAUUACUAGGACACCUUACUAAUGGUUAACACAGGUAGCUAGACCACUCCAUUACUAGGACACCUUACACAUGGUCAACACAGGUAGCUAGACCACUCCACCACUAGGACACCUUACUAAUGGUCAACACAGGUAGCUAGACCACUCCAUUACUAGGACACCUUACACAUGGUCAACACAGGUAGCUAGACCACUCCACCACUAGGACACCUUACACAUGGUCAACACAGGUAGCUAGACCACUCCAUUACUAGGACACCUUACUAAUGGUUAACACAGGUAGCUAGACCACUCCACCACUAGGACACCUUACUAAUGGUUAACACAGGUAGCUAGACCACUCCAUUACUAGGACACCUUACACAUGGUCAACACAGGUAGCUAGACCACUCCAUUACUAGGACACCUUACUCAUGGUUAACACAGGUAGCUAGACCACUCCACCACUAGGACACCUUACACAUGGUCAACACAGGUAGCUAGACCACUCCAUUACUAGGACACCUUACACAUGGUCAACACAGGUAGCUAGACCACUCCACCACGAUAGAAGAAUCAACACAGGAAGCUACUACCUUGAGUACUCCACUACGACAAUAGGACAUAUUAGGACACAUUACUCAUGGUCAACACAGGUAGUUAAAAGUGCCCCACCACUAUAUUGCGACGCAUAAAGAUACAUUACUCAUGGUUAACACGAAACAGAACAAAAUAAAGCAAACAACGAUUGUAAUCAAUACUGAUCAACACACAAAGUGCUCUACACCAGAAAUACUACAGAGAGACUGUAUUACUGAGGGGGUUGCUACUAGCUAUCCCAAUAUCCUGACACUUUCCCUCUAACCUCUGCCUCUAGCUCCCUGUGUCCCUGAGGAUGUGACAGUGGUAGCGUCCUGCGAGGCAGAAGGUACCGUGGUGUCCUGGGCUCACUCCUUGGUGGCCCAGUCCUACCUCCUCACCGCCACCGGCCGAGGCGGUGACAUCCGCACCUGUAACAGCUCUGUGAACAACUGUACCCUGGCCAAGCUCCACUGUGGUCAGCCCUACACAAUCAGCGUGACCGCCAGCACCAGCACCUGCACCAGCCAAGCCAGCCCCGACGUCACCUUCAGCACAGGUACAGGGACAUUAUGAUACAGCAGGUAGCAGUACAGUAUUCUCUGUUCGGUAUAUACAGUAUACAAGAACAUGGAUCGAAGGGAACAUUUUGUUCGAAGGAUCAGACAAUUUACAUCAAAUACCCAAUCAUUCGAUCCAAAUGUUCCUUUGAUGCACUUCUCAUCAAGUACACCAUCCCUCCUUUUUCAUUGAGUAAAAUAUAAUGUAGAGGUCAUCUGUAACAUAACGUUGCUGUUAUAUUCAAGUAACCAUUGCUGUAACAUUGCAUCUCUUCUCUCCUCCCAGUGCCCUGUGACCCCAUUGGCCUGUCCAUUCAUGUCCAGUGUAAGACUAACUCAGGCGUGCUGUCCUGGUCCCCCAGCCAGGGCUCUGUGGGGUACUACGGCUUUGCCCAGUCUGAGGAUGGGGACAUGCUGUACUGUGACAGUAUGGACACCUCCUGCACCAUCCAGGGUCUGGACUGUGGAGCCAUGUACAACUUCUCUGUGCUGGCCUCUGAUGGAACCUGCAACAGCUCGUACAGCCAACCCCUGCUUGAGGGAGCAGGUAAUAACCCAUCCAGUUCUUUGAGAUAGAGAUGGUUGAGGAGUAGAGUUAGUGAAUUAAUGACAUCAGGAGGACAGGGAACACUGCAUACAGGACAAUGUAAUAAAACUGUCUAAUCAGAUACUGGUUAACUAAUAUAGAGAUGAAUGCAAUAGUAUAGAUUAUAAUGACGUGUACCAUCUUGAUUUCUUCUCCCUAUCCUUUCUAACCUCCUUCCUCUCUCCCCCUAGCCCCCUGCGCCCCUGCCACCGUGCGUAACCGCAUGCAACUGAUUGGCAAGACCCACUUUGCCCGUACCUCCUGGAGUGCGGUCGUCUGCCCCAAUGUCGAGUACCUGGUUGAGAUUACCGGCAGUAUCCUGGAUGACCCGCAGGUCAUAUUCGAGGUCUCGUCCUAUUGGACAAAGUACACCUUCUUUGAGUUGGCCCUGUCCUGUGGCUCCUCCUACAGUCUGACGGUCCGUACCAGGAACUCUGCCGGAACCAGCGAGCCCUCCACCCCCGUUACCGGGACAACAGGUAUGUUAACUAAACAUGGAGCCAUAAGGGUUUGAAUGUGGAAACUGAUUUAAUAUUAUAAUGGAAAUGCUAAUGAUCAGCAAUGCUACUGAUCUGCAAUGCUACUGAAUUCAGUCAAUCUAUUCUGAGGGCAAUGUGACCUUAGUCUAUAAAAAGGGAGUGACAGUUUUGGCUGGGAAGUAACUUCUGCCCUGAGGUGGGGGAUGAUCCUAAGAGUAGGGCUGAGGGAUGUUUAUUCCAGAGCUGACAUUACUAAACCAACCCUUUCCCUUCCAGCGCCCUGCGCACCUCUGGCCGUGAGCUACACCGGUGCCGUGCUGUCCUGGGAGGCUGCAGUGUUCGCCACACAGUACACCGUCUACAACCUGACUGGAGCCGGCCGAACGCAGGUGUGUUCCACCACGGAACUGUCCUGUCAGCUUAACAACGUCCAGCCAGGCGCCAUCGAGGUUACCUCUAGCAACGCCGUGGGAGAGAGCGUCCCCACCAAAGACAUCAACGGUGAGAUGGGAAAAUAUGAGACAGAAGGAAAAUAUUCAUAGUAGGCAAAUUAGGCUACAUUUGGAUAUCAUUGUUUUGCCUGUUUUUAUCAGCGAUUCCAAGUGAAUCCAACCACACUGUGAUGAAUAAACCAAUAUGGAUGAUGAUAAAUAUCUACCGCACAAGGUGUUGUGCUUGUAUUCAAGCUUUCAAUAACACAUUCUCGCUUUGAUCCUGUUUCUCAGGGCCAUCAAAUCGCAACAGAAGAGAUCUGGGGAUGGCAGAGCCUGCAAUGUUUGCUGACUUGUCCAUUAGAGGUUAGCACAUUCUCAAACUGCCACGCCAUCUCGUCUUUCCACCAUAUAUGCAUAAUUAUAUUACUCACACUCUCAAAAUAGUUCAUGUCUAGUCUACAAAUAUUCAAAAGGUCAAACAAAUAGUGAAAUCAAUGGUUCAUAUCAAUAACAUUACUUUUCCUCCUUCCCUUCAGAGGAGCUGUCCAAACCCAUGGUGCUAGUCGCUAUGGUAACAGGCGUUUCCCUGCACAUGGAGUGGGCACCGGUGAGGGACGCCACCCUCUACACCAUUAUCAUCGUCCAAGAAGACACACCCUCCAGACGCCAGGUGUUGACCGUCUCUGAUGAGCUGACCAAAGUGAAUGACCUCGAGCCCACCACAAGAUACUGCAUCUUCGUCUCGGCCAAGAACGAACACACCCAGAGCAACUACUCCAAGGAGUGUGUCACUACUGGUGUCCCCAUG